AUGGUACAUGGGCACAGCAUCCUUCACGGUAAGACAUCUGUAUUCAUCAGCUAAGCACACUUGGUUAAAGCUCAUGCUUGAUUUUAUCCUAGGAGUACAGUAAUCCCGUAAUCGGCGUUAGAGGACCCCGAAAUCCGUGCAACAUAUCAAACUAUAACCAGAGACAGAGCGGUGAUUUUCUUAUUUCUUUUUUUUUUUUACUGUAAAAUGAAAUGUUAGGAGGUGAUGUUGCACAACCUUUGCUGCUGGAGGUCAACACUUUAAAUUCUCGUUCCCAUCUUUUAAUAUUUAUUUAUCUAGUUGGCAAAGCCGUAUUCAUUUAAAUGCUUAUCCAGAUAUUAAAAAUAUAAAGUUGAAAUUGUUUAAAAGUAGCUUUUUUCAUUUUAAAAUCAUUUUCCAAGGUGGAGGUUCAAGAAAUAAACAGCUAAAGUUGGGGUACUGGCAUUAUAUAGUUUUUUUUUUUUUUUUUUUUAGACUUUUAGGAUAAAGCCUUUCUUUCAUCUCUGUUGUAGGAAAUGCACAUCCUCAUCAAGGGAAAAUGCAUGAAAUUGUUGCUUUUCAAAUACUGUGUACAUUUUAAAAUGGGUUCUUUCAGGUUACACAAGGCUAGGUUUAGCAUUAGCAUCAGUCUAGCUGCUGAAAAGUACUCUUAGCUGACUCAACCCUCUUUUAACCACAAAGAGGUUGUCCUAAAUGAAGAAAAUAAUACCAAAGACAACAUUUGCAAUGCACAGUCUACUAUUAAAAGUGUACGUCUGUUUUUUUUGCUUUUACAGUUGUUGCAAGUCUUCUCAUACUUGGGUUGUCUGGGGCAACAAGGAAGGAUUCAGCAGGUAAUCCUUAUUGCAACAAUCCCACUCCUCUUUAUCCGUUCAAUCUUCAAUAUCUCACCCUCAAAAGCCUGUAUGUCUUACUUUUCUUUCUUUUUUCACAUUUGUGUUCUAGUGAAAAACAAUUCAGGAGUAAAGCCUGCUGGUCAAUGUGGAACGUGGGUGAAAGAACCGGAAGGAGGGCUCUUUACAUCUCCCAAUUACCCAAACAAAUACCCCCCAGACACAGAGUGUGUUUACAUCCUUGAAGGUAAAUGUGCUCUUUAAGCACAGUGGGAAAUGAAGGUGAUCCGAGUACUUAUUCACUGAAGCUGAAGUCAUUCAGGGGUUUUAUUGGGGGAGGUAAAUCACUGCAACGUUGUGGAGAAUGAUGAGCGAAAUUUGCUUUUUUGAGGGGUUGAUUUUUCUAAAUUAGGAGAUGAUUCUUUCUUAAUAAGUGCAGAAAUAAAUAAAAAAAGUUAAUUUAGAAGCUUAACACUAUCCAAGCUCUGGUGUUUAAGAGAUGAAUUGACUCACCGCCAAAUUUGGAGCUGUGUAUUGACCGUGUGGGGGUGCUGAUAAUGAAACAGUUUGAGCAUUCAUCGAUGAAAGCAUGAGUCAUAUUUUACUCCCUGCUUUGUGCCAGUUGGUAAUUAUUGUCUAUGUGUCCUCCAGCCCCCCCAAGGCAGUGUAUCGACCUACACUUUGAGGAGAAUUAUUCCAUCGAGUCCUCUUGGGAAUGUAAAUUUGACAACAUCGAGGUUCGAGAUGGACCCUUUGGCUUCUCCCCAAUGCUGGGACGGUACUGUGGUCAGCAAAGCCCACCUGACAUCAGGAGUAGCGGCCGAUAUCUGUGGAUAAAAUUUGUAACAGAUGGUGAACUGGAAGCAGUGGGAUUUUCAGCAAAUUACAACUUCACUGCAGGUAAAUUUUUUCUUUGCCCUGCUGCUCUUGUCAAUCCGUGUCUUUCCUUAUAAGUAUAGUGGGCUCCAAGGGUCCAACAGCGAGGCUCCAAAUGAAUAACAAACAUCAUCCUGGGAUCUCCUCUUUGUUGGAGCUUCUUGCAGUUUUAUUGAUUGUAUCUCUGCACACUGGCAGUAUUUCCAUCAGCAGCGUACCGUCAUAGGCUGGGACACUGUUUUUGCUUGGCUGUUAUUUCUUUUCUCUCCAUGUCAGGGAGAUGUGAAGCAGUGUCAAAAUCUAAUUCAGUUCAGCAGCACUACUCCUCAGUUUACAGUGCUAGAGGAGGCCGAGAGAGAGAGAGAGCAGAGGUAACUAAUUGGUAUUGUCGAACACAAUUGCGGCAAUUACACUUACAUGUAAAACCUGGACUUUCCUAAUUUCCCUCAUCUUUAUUGAAGCUGUGUUGGAAUUGAAGACAGGGAAUCAGGGCAUAGCAGUGAUUUAAUAUUCCUUCACCUACACUUGACUGGGUUUAAUAACACUGUCAACUUUUUCACCAUGUGUUUGAUGCUUGAAAGGCACGGAGCCACGAAACACGAACAGCAGGCCAAUUUGUCUUCACAUCCACUGUGCCCUCAGGGAUAUUUUACUACCAUGAUUUUAGUGUGUCAUUGUUUAUAUGAUGAACACUUAAAUGGAACAUUGACCUUUCAUCCAAAAAAUGUUACUUGCUUGAGGCUGUUGAAAAGACAGAUAUCGAGGCAGAGGGACUAUAGAUUUAUCUCUGAAGGCUUUGUGAGUGAGCUGUUAUCGAGGAAUCAGCAUGGGGAAGCUUUUCAUGGGAAAUCAUUGUGCUCAAUAGUAAUGAAUUAUGCUGUGAAGUCAAGUGAGAGGCUUUUGUCCAUUGGGUUAUUGAGCAGAUUUACUGCUAUCUGUCUAAGAUUUGCAGUCGUAAAUUUGUUGGGUAGGACUACACAAAGGUAACACAAGUGUAGCUCAGUGAUUUCAGAGUAAAAGCAGCAAAAGUGAAUCUUUUUUCUCUGUGUAAUUCAGAAGGGAGCUGGGGAAGGAGCAGACAAAGUGGUGGAAAAGCAACAUGAAUCAACACUUAUUUCAAGGGAGUUUCAGAUAUUUCUGUCAACGGAGGCAUAAACACUGGUUAAAUACAGUGUCAACGUUGUCUCGUCAAAAUAAGUUGUACAUCGCACAGUUUGGAAACGCUUUUGCAAUACUGCUGGCAUGUUAGGUAGCGCUCAGAGCAGGUGAUAGCAGCAGUAUAUCUGUGGGGUGCUAAAACAAAACUACUGACAGUGACCAGUAAAGCUUUUCACAGUGAAAAUGUAGCAUCUAUAGACAAUUGUGGUAUCAAAACCAUUGCAGUCUCUCUGUAGUUUGUGUCUCAACUUACCUUUCCUCAGAUGCUUUUGUUCUUCAUCUUGCUCUUUUUAACAGUAAAGAGACCGAUUCUAAUUCACCAGGCUUCUCUCCGCUGUAAUGUGAUGCAAUACUAGAUAGGACUCUAAUCUACACACAGCACAAUGUGUUUUUUUGCAAGCACUGCAAGUGUCAUUGUUAUUUUUGACUUGAAGCACUCCACAUUUUUAAGCCCAGUGUCCACAUUAGUGCCCGAAGAUGUGUUUGUCGAGGUGCGGUCAAGCCAAAAGGUGGCUCGUUGCUUUAUUGAGGCUGCAGGAAGUAUCUUCACCUUUGAUCAACAAAAACCUGGUCUGAAGUCUGGAGCCCAUGGCCCAUGAAAACAGUGUUUCCCUGCUAUUUAGAGGCUGUACUGGUGAUAUAUCGAGGUGGUAUAGCAGUUCAUGCAACCGCAUUACUUUGCUUUUUGCACACAUAGAUGCGCAACUGUGCACAAGGACCAUUGUACCCACAAAUAUUGGUCGACUAAUCCCCACUUGAAAUGCAUUUUCUGCUUGUAUAGAGGCACAGGAGACAGAGAGAUAGGAGUUAAAUAUGCUGCCUGGUCUGUUUGAAUAGAAAGGUUAAAAUCAGAAAGCACAACUGAUUGUUAAAGAAAUGAAGGCUCACUGAUUGGUUUGAUUCAUGUUACAUUGAAAACACACUCAUGAUUAAUCAGGUGACGUAAUCCAGCCUCUUUUUGCCCUGCGCCCCAUUUAGUGUUCAGAUUGUUCACUGCUUAACCAGCAAAAAGCAGUCGGACACACCCUUAUUCACCCUGUGCUUUGCACUUUAGAUGAACAGUUUGACAGGGUAUGUGAUUAGAGCCGCAUUCUCAACAGCAGUCUGUUCUUCAAUGCAAUGGUCUGCUAUUGAGAAAUAACGAACUGUUCCUGCAUAAAGACCAGGCAGAUUCAAUUACCGAACCUGGUCCUGCAGUAAUUUAGCAUUUAUCCAUUUCCUUCGCUUGAAAUCAGCAUCCAGGUUCAACUUGUACUUGUAAACAAUUUUUCUCAACACAUAGUUGCUCCUCAGACUUUUAACACAGACAACACAUGAAAAAAAAGGUCAUGGCCUGUUACCAUUUAUUGCUGACUGCUGUCCUGUAAAUCACCCCUUAAUAUCCCAUCGGCCUGCGAACAUGUAGUAGCUACAAAUCUGGGCAGAUAUAUUUGUUUAUAUGUUUAGAUCAGCUCCAGAGGGAUUUUAGUACUCUGGUUAUUUCUGUUAUUGACUGAAUUUAAUAUGAAGUUGGCAGCAGUCUUAAAAUACCAAGGAUUUGCACUUUUUUUUUUCUUCUAGGUCAAGGCAUGGCUUCCCACACAAGCUUGUGUUUGCCUCACAGCACAAAGCUAAUUGAGGCCAGUCUGUCUUUUUAGUUUUUGGUGUAGAUGGACUGAUUCACCUGCAGAGCCAACAGACACCCUGAGGCUAGUUAAUUAACACAUGUCGGUCAAUUUGUAAACAAAGUUUUGUUUUCCUCGCAACAAGCUGUCUUGUCAAAGUAGUGUAUGCACCACAAAAACAGUGGUAUGCAUGUAAAAAAAGUGAAUUUUACAAACUUGACCUUAUUUGAAAAUGAGGUCCUUACUGUGAAAUACAUGUUGGGUUGUUCAUAGCUCAGAUCGCCAGAGAUAGAUAAUCCUGACCAUAUUUUUCGUUAUCUGCAUUUGUAAGUAUUGUCUCCCUCGCCUGCUCCUCUGAAGAGUCUCACUGAAAAUUAGCCUAAAGGAAAGAAAAAAGCCUCUUGUCUUGAUAGGAAGUGUAUGUGGCAUACAAUUUACAUAAUUAAAGAAGAUAAAAGUCUUGAAUUCACUUGACUCGAUACUCUGAAAUCUGGCGAUGUGUAUAGCGGUCUCACAUCUGCAGCUGCUCUGCGAACCAUGCUAAUUCACACAGCUCUCUCUCUCCUCUGAUGAAUGAAAGGGAGGCAACAAAGGUGCCGUGAUUCAGCUCCUCUUACUCACUUUCCUCAGUCAGAUCAGGAGCGUGGAUAUAAAAACUCCUGAGCUUCUUUCGCAUUCUGCCAGUGUCCUUUCAGAGCCUCACGCUCUCGAUGACUAAUGCUUAUAGCACAGCAAUCAGUGAAUGAAAAAUCAGUGACUGGUAUUUCACCAUCUCUGGUGAUGUGUCUUAUGCUUCAGUACUUAAACAUAACACUUAAAGUCCCGAGAUGCUUUCGACUUGUAUGUUCCAUCAGAGGAAGUGAGAGAUAUUGGUGAAUCAAAACUACGGCUGACUCAGAACAGGGACUAAAUGAACUCCUCUGCUCCAGUGAUGGGAUGUGUAAUUUAUUUGUCAAACUAAUUUCACCCAGUUGCUUUCACACUUGUCUUUUUAUCCGUCACAGAAGUUUUAAAGCACUUCCCUUUUCCUCUGAAGACUACACUGUAAGCUUUAGAGGAAAUAAACUGAAUAUUUGUGAAUCAUUCAUACAACUAUGUUGAAGUAAUUCAGGCACAAAAGACUCACUUUCAACAGGGAGGCUGUCUGGCACCUGUGUUAGUACAUGAUUACAAGGCCGUGGAGUCCAUCUGGCUGAAUGUGUGACUCAGUUUAGUAAAUAACACCACCAUAGACUGAACUCAUGAAUCACCUGCAGUCAUCUAAUGUGUGACUCAAGAUGAACCGGCUAAGAGGAUCAUGAUUUAUUGGUUUAUGGUAGCUUUCCAUGCUGGUAGGAUUGUAUAAUAUGAAGAACAUUCCUGUAUUUUAGUGAUGAUAAAGAAAGUAGCACAACAUAGAUUGAAUCAUGGUGUACUGUAUUCGGCUCUGACAUUGAAGAGCAGAGUCAUGCUUGCCAUCCAAAGGGCACCAUUUCCGAGUAAUGGCAGAGCGAGUGUCAUAUUCGCGACAAUCUUAGAUUUUAGUACCGGAGUCAGGAAAACCUGUUCUUUUCCCACCAAGUUUGAUCUCAGUUACAUGGUAUUCAUCCUGCAUUCCAGUUGUACUCAGAUGUCGGGAUUUCCGAGCUCCGAGUAGGAAAUUAAUCUGUAACACUCCCCUAAAGUCAGAUUUCCAACUCAGAAAGUCAGAUGAUCCUCGCCAACCCUGAAUUGACGACAACGUCAUAAUUCAAGAUAGCAGCACAGUGCAUCGACAGUAAAGAGUAACAGUAAAAGCUCUUGUAAUGUAUUAUUUAUUUGCACUUCUGUUUUGUUUUUGUGAAAUAAAAUAAGUAGUGUAUGUUGUACUGCCCAAUGUCUAAUUGUGAACACGGUGCUAGGGUGUUUGUAAAGUACUGUUUUGUGCGUUGUUUACAAGUGGUAUCGCUAACAACAACUAACAACCACUGACAGCGGCUAACAACACCUGACAACCGCUAACAACAACUGACAACGGCCAACGACAGCUGACAAUUGUGAACAACAGCUAACAACCGGUAACUGUAGCCGUCCAUCUUGGUUUUCUGACUUGUUAACUGGAACACCAUCAACUCGGGUGUAGCGUCAUUUCCAGCCCAGACUCAAACUUCUGAGGCAACUGUAACGCAACAUUAAUCUGCCUGAAAAAAGGUUACAGAUAAUGAUUAGAAGACAUUGGUUGUGGCCAUGACUGGCUGAAGAGGAACGACCAUGAAUUCUUCAAGUCCUAACGAUCGCUCUACAAUUGUUGCUCUCCUGAAGCUCAGUUAAGACGGGAACAUCGUGGCACCAAGCACUGACAGUUUGACAAACAUAGACAUCUCAUUAACGACUAGCAUUUAGGCACUGGUGCAGUGUGACAUGGGCACUCUGUAAUGCUCACGAUGGCGUUGGCCACGAGGGAGUAGCUACGAUGUAAAGUCGGUGCAGAGGUACAAACCAGUCUCUAGACAGAGCCACUUUUGCUAUCGUCUAUUUUUCUGUUAAACUAAGCUAACUUUUGGUAAUUGUCAAACUUGUUCAGUCUCCAAACCGUGUGUGAAAACUUGCCUUUUUAACAGCCAAAUGUAUCACUGAGUAAUUCAGCAUCAUAAUCAGAUAAAAGCUCUCCAUUUAAGUGCUUAUUAAUGAGCCAUUGAUGAGUUUCUUAAAGACAGAGUUUCUGUUGCUUUAGCAGAUAUCCUAGUUUUACUUUUAAGCAGUAUGCGGAGCUCACCAAGUAUGCUGCAGUAGUCAACUUUCCAUAGCUCCUGAAACAAGUCCACAAAUAAAAGAGACUGUUCAGCCAAUUAAUUUAGGGAAGCCUAGAAAAGAGUGGGUACACAGCAAACCAUCCACAAGAAGAGAGGUUUAGAAAAGAGCCUCAGGCCCAGUAAGUCACGGCUCCAUUUCAAUUUGCAAAAUAAUUCCUGGGUUGACUUUUAUUUCUGUUGUCUCAUCCGUUCUGUCCCUCUCAUUAUUCUGCCCAAAUAUAUUCAUGAUAUUGGGCCAUUGUCUCCGUGCCAUGGUGGGGAUUGAAAACGAAACAAAGCAUAAUACCAGUAAGUCAAAUCCAGCCGCCUGUCAUUAAAGCCUGUACAGUAAGGGGCUUAUUGUUGAUUGCACAUGUCAAGGAGACUUGACAAAUAGUAUAAAAUUGCAAGAAGAAUAGUUGAAUUCACUGUGCACAGGAGGGAAAAUGCUGAGUGGAGGAACCAUUGUGUGUUUAGUUCUUGGUAUAUGUGUGUGUGUGUGUGUGUGUGUGUGUGUGUGUGUGUGUGUGUGUGUGUGUGUGUGUGUGUGUGUGUGUGUGUGUGUGUGUGAGUAUAAGCUUGGGCGUUGGGGAAUUUGAGCGGUGUUCUGCUGCUCAGGUUGUCCUCGGGCAUGGUGACCUCAGAACCCCCUGGUCUGCUAGAUUAAGUGGUGUUUCAGCACCUUAAGCUGAAACCAGAGCAAAUAAAAGCUGUAAGUUCUCCUCCUUCUGUACUGAGCUCUCUGAUCACUCACUGUUUGCAGAGGCAAGCGAGACGAGGCAAGGAAAGGAGGUGAGGCAGAAAGCCGUAUGAAGACUCAGGCAGUGUGUGCAAUUCUGUGAGACAUGGGCCUUUGAUACACCAUUGAAUAUGGAUGGAUAAAUAUCUGUAUUCAAAUAGCAUUGUUGCCUAAUAGGUGUUCAGUUGUGAGUUACAUAUGAUGUUAGAAAAAAGGAAGGAAAAUUCUAUCUCAGUCUGUUUCAGUCUAGUUAAAAUUUCCAUUUUCAGAUUCCUUCUCCAUUUCUAAUUCAAAUGCAAAAAAUGUAAAUUUGUGCUAAACACCCGUGGAAUAAAAAUGCUUCCUCAUUUUUCCUGGAAAGACACAAUGAAGUGGAAACUGGUCAGCAUGCCGAUCAGGCUCACAUGUUUCCUGAGGCAAACUUCUAUAGCUCUGCUACUUUAUGCUUUCUAUCAUCAAGAAUUCAACCCAUGAUUAAUGCAUCUACAAUCAGGAUGACACUGAUUGAUCUGGAUGCCUUAUGGCCCAGCGCAGCUCCAAGAGGAGUCAGAAUCUUUUUGGAAUGAAAUGAGUCAAAUGGUGUUUAAGAUUACAGCUGAAACAGGAUAUAUGGGCCUAUCAUAAAGGAGGCAGGGCCAUGAGAUUGAACCUCAAUGGGCCCAAACUGGAAAAUUGAAAAUUGAACCUUGGAGAUCGACUCUUUGCUCAUAGAGGAGGACUAAACUGGGCAGGACCAUUAGUGAGGCUGGACAGAGAGUUCAGAGACUUCUUAUUUUCAAAUCCAAAGUCUUCAGCCAGAAGCAACAGCCAGAAUUUAAAUGUUGUUGUUGUUUGUCCUUGAUGGCAUCCAUUGAACCCCCAUUUUAGCCUCCAAACACAACAGACUGCCUGGAAAGGAUUUUUAUUUCAUGUGAACAAAUAUCUGUUGAUGAAAUGUAAGUGCAAGGGGUUUGGCCAAGACUUAGCCAGUGCAUUGUAAAUGGCCAAGGAGAUGUUUGAAUUGGGGCUUUUAUUCUGAAAGGCCUGAUGGCACUUUUGUUAUCUCAUUAGCCUCGAUGUAUUCAGAUUUCCAAAUAUUACUGAUGGCAACAAAUUGGGCAACAAGUUGAAGUUCCUUGAAGUGAAUUGAACUAGCCUGGACACCGGAGUUCCCCCACUCUUGACCUCAUGUCCCAGAAUGCAUUGCAAGAGCAGCCUGCAAUUCUUGGCCAUUGACUCACAAUAUUGAAGAAAAAAAAUGUAUAUAAUAAUAAUAAUAAUAAUAAUAAUAAUAAUAAUUUCUUUGACAUGAAAAAGAAGGGUGAAUAUUUAAUAUAUUAUAUUAAUAUUUAACAUCAUAGUUUUUUUUAAUAUUGCGGUGGGCCGUGUUAGCACCUUCAUGAACUUGAGUUUAUGGAAGAAGGACUCCACUCAGGGGGUAGAAGGAACCUUGACCCAAGGCUUGAUCAGUAGCCUAGCUUGCAUACCGGUUCUGCCUGCUGUUACUCAUUUAAAGGGCAUGGUUGACAGCAUCUGCUGUGGUUCAUGCACAUAGUGACAUGUGAGUUAUGCAACCCCACAUCAAAAAUACCACACUAUCCCUCUAAGGCUGCCUUAACUCCACCUCUUUGCCUGUUUUUAUGAGUUAGACCUAAUAUUUCCAUCAUGCCCAUGUUUUAUAUAGUCCAUGGGAAGACACACGAACUGUGCGCUAUAGUGAUAUUUUUAUUAUUUAUCACUCUUCAUAUUGCUUUGCAGUAUUAACAGUAUCAUAAUAUAGUUUUAGAUUUGGUGCAGGCUUAGAUCAAAAUGAAAUAUGGCUGAAAAUGGUCUGAUUUUUCCCUGAAGAGUUAAGAGCUGUCAUUUUUGACACUCUGUUAUAACAGUGGUCAUUAUUCAAACGUUUAAAAGCGCUUCUUCUGUGUUUGGUGACAUCGCCUUUACUUUUGUCACAGACAAAGUAAUGAAGAGCUGCUAGAUUCAGACAGUAAGUUGCAGAAUCUCACCGUGUGCAGAAGUCCAAAUAGACUUCCCAUUGUUGAAACUGAGUGUGUGAGCCGCAGUCUGUCUUUUUCCAAUUGUGGUACCUCCCAACCUCAAAUCCAAUAAAACAUUUUCAAAACUUUGUCCCACGCUGGUGCAGCACCUAAGGCUCUGGGAGUAAAAUUUCAUUUUCCUUCGCCUCGGCACUCGUAGGUAUUCACAAAGGAGCACAGAGGAAAGGUAGAUGAAAUUCAUGAGUAGAAAUGAAGAGAGUAAAUCUCCUGUGGCGCAUUUUAUUUUAUAUUUUUGCUGUUCUUCCAAGAUCCUAGUGAAGACUGUGUUUGCCUGAAUGAGCUGCUUUCAUGUCGUCACUCCUCAUAACUCACAUAAAAAGAGCUUAUACCAAUGUUUUGCUCUGAUGCUUAUUGUCAUUAAAUGCUCCCAGCAGUGCAAGUCUUGUUCUAUAUGAGCUUUUGCCAUUAUUGUUCAGUGCUGCUUACUGUUCCCCCCAUUGUUAUAGCUCCUUAUUUUCUCAGCUGGAAAAAAUGUGUAGGUGUACAUUAGUCACAGAGCAGGUAUUCUCCUCAUGUGUAAUGCAAUUUCCCCAAAGAAGCGCUAUCAGCCCAAGGGUUUGGACGAUGGGAAAAUAACCGUCUCUCUGCUGGUGUUUAUUUUUCAGAUAACUGGUUUCAAUGUCUUGGUCUUCCUGUGUACUUUCUUAUCUAUCUUUGCGUCUUGACUUAUGGUUGACCACAUGAGUCUCAUUUCAUAAAGGGCCUCCUGUGCUUGCUGAAGAGACCCUUCCUCCACAACGCCCGUGUUUGAGCCAAAAGAGAUAGAUGGAGCCAGUUAGCAUUGCAGGCACACCUCAUGCAGCUGUGGAAGAGGUCGCUCGCUCCCUCGCUCUCUUCACUCAUCUCUCUGUCUCUCUGCUUUCAGCCAACACUGCCUCCCUUUAUUUCUCAUUGCCUCUCUUGUUGUAACUGGCUUGUGCACAUUUACUCACCUUUGGGUGCAUGUUUUAAAUACCUUUUUGGUGAAUAACGUAGAAAACUACCCACUUCUUAUCAAUUUACCUCACAUGAGGAGUUUUUUUAUUUGUAACGUCCCACAACUAGGGGUAUGUGAAUGUACCAACAUUGCUAAAAAGAAACUAUCCAGGAAAGAAAAAUCAUUCAGGGGAUAAUUCAGCAAACAAACCCCCGGGUUAGACAAACUUAUUUGGUUGAGAAAACAAAAGGUGCACUAUUAAAUCGCUGCCAAAAGUUUCUGUGUAAGAGAUCCAUCACAGUUAUAGCUCCCUUCGUGUUUUAACUUUGACAAACUGCUCUCUGCAGUUGUGCUUUUUUUUUCUAUUUAGAAACCAGUACAAGCAUUCUUACAAUUAUUUUUAGCUUUGGAGUGUUUCAAAAUGUUUGUUUAGCUUCAGCUUCUCUAGAAAUAUGAAAUUUAGUGAUUCUCCGUCUCAAGAUUGGGUGAUUUUCAAGGAGGUUUGGCAGAAUAACAAACAUACAGUAAGUGACACAGGGUUGAGAGACUGGGAUUAUUCUGUAGCCAACAAAGGCUCUUAAAACUAUGAAUUUCUGAAUCAAGUUAGGCAAAUGGAAAAUUCAUUUGCUGGAUUUGCACAAAGGAUAAGAUCAAUCCAUGCCAAUAAUUCAUGAUAACUUCAAGCACUGUAACAGUUUGAUAACCUUCUGUAGCGACGCAUUCUGCCUGACAAACAGAGAAGAGAUAAGAGUGUCACAGUAAUUCAAGCAACGUCAACAUCCCCCUGCAUGAGUACAAUUUUAAUCAGUUUAAAAGACAGCAGAUUAAAUCUAAAACAGUCACUGACUAGUGUUCAACAUUGAAUCUAUUAUGAUGUUUAUAAUGAUAAAGUCUAAUGAUGUCUCUGACAUAAAUAUCAGCUGUGUUAUUUAAUUAUUUAAGUUACACAAAAACCCAAUACUGGGAUUAUAUAUUGGGCAUAUACAUAAGCAUUGACUGCUGAAAAAACAACAUCAAAUCGCUGAUCAUGAAUCAAGUGCUUUAAAGUUGAUAUAUGCUGAAAGUAAAGCUAUGGAAUACAAUGUAAAGAAACAUUAAACCACAAAUACAAGCAAAAACACUUCUUAAAGGACAGUUCAGUUGGAACAUUUAGUUUCUCUAACAUUGUUUAUCAAAACACAACCUGUACAAAAAUCUUGACAUUCAGGGCCUGUGUCCACCAGCUGAGUUUAAUAUAAACAUAAAUGUUCUUCCUUGAGCUGCGUCACCCCGCUGUAGUCCAUAAUGGACUGGCCUGAGGUCUCUCUACAAACAAGCGGCUGCUGGAAGAGUGAGGGUGAGUUGUGUUUAGUCUCUUUGCUAAAGAAAUUAGACAAAGUUUAAAAGAUGUUUGGUGGCUAGUGCUGUGACUGGGACCCUAUAUGUACUGUUGAUGAAGUUAGGUGCUGUUCUGAGCAUUAUUUGAGCCUAUAGAGUGGCAUUUUGGUUGAGGUUUGUUUAUGGCUCCUCAGACUGCUUUGUAUUGCUAUCCUGCGGUCGUUACGUAAGUUGGUAUAACUAAAGGGCAAGCGGUCGGCAACAUUCAUCUCUCGAGGGGGUGUCUAACUCACGGUGUGUUUGACCCUAAAUAUUUUACACCAGAAUAUCCCUUUAAGACCCUUUUCUGCAGCUUCACACCUAUAUUCCACUCUUAUCCCGCUCCACUUCUCCUCCCCUCCUCUAACUUCACACCGUGCUCCUUCCUUCCUGCUCUGCAGAGAAGACCCGGCACACAAUGUUCACCUGCUUAUCAGACAAGGAGCCCUCACUCAGGAGACAAAGCAGCUAGAGUUUAUCGCUCUGUGGAACUUAACUCACAGGAUGGCUGAUAUUUACGUCCUUUUGGCUGUUCAAGCUGCUCCCAGCCAAUUACCCUGCAGAUCAAUCAGCGGCUCUUUCUGCCUCCUGCCUCCUCUGUGGAGGUUUGUUAGCCAGGCCUGCUGUUCAGCUGCAGAUGCUGAGGGGUCAGGGCACAGAUCUGCUGUAGCUGGGAGUUAGCAUGCUGGGUAUUGUGAGUUUGUAUUGCCUGGUUGGGGAUUGUGUGUAUAUCUACUGUACAAACAAACACAAAAACAUAUGUAUCAGUAUAUGUGUACACACAGUUUGUGUUUAUGGAAGUCUGAUCAGUGCCAGGAUCUUGGCUGCUUUCCUAUUCAGCCUCCGUGUCCUUCCUGCACUACAUCCACAAUAGAGUCGCCCAUUGUGUAUUCAUAGUGUUUUCUACAUUGUACACAUGAUGCAUAUGGUCCCUGCCCUCAGAACUGCAUUUGAAAUUAGCUGGCUUAUUGUAAGUGUGUUUUUUUUUUUUUUAUCCCCCUCUCUCUCCCUUUGUAGGUAUAACAACCCGCCUAAGGCUCUUUGUUUCAUUAGCCUAUCACUGCGUUGGAGCCCAGGCUGUCACGCUGCGAGUCUGACUCUCUCCAUUAUGCUGUAUUAGACAGCAAUGAGAUUGAGCUGUGUGUUUUAUCUCUGCACACGUCGAGGCUUCAAGGCAUCGAGAACGUCCUGAAGAAUCAUUCUCUGAGAAAUUGAUUGGAAAGGUCUUUUUAUUUUCAGGCGGUGAAUGAUGUUUGUUUGCUCAAUACGCCUGAUUUGUACCUCUGAUUCAAAGGAAAUCACAGAACAGAUUGUUCACCAUGCUUGACAAGUUGUACUUUUGUUUCCUGGUUCUCAUCAGGGAGAUACCUCAUUGGAGAGUUCUGUAUUAACAGGGAAAGGACGUCGAAUAACUGUCUCACACGGACGGUGUUUAUUUUGUUUUACGAUACCUUUUGGUUUUCCCCCUGUACAGACUGGUCCUUUCAGCGGGUCAGAAACUUUGGACAGUAAUAGCAGCUUUUGAUAAAUUUGACAUCCCCAAACUCACUUCUUUGAUAUUCAAAAUAUCAAUCCCCAGAAGCAAAGCUGAAUAAACAUUGGCGUGUACGGUUUACUGAGAAUUCAAAGUCUCUGAAGCCUGCAUGCCAGAUUUUACAAAUUUAAUUAUAUGUUCCCAAAGCUCUUCUUAUUCCCAACUUCUGAGAUUGUCCAGAAAAUGUCAAUCAAGCCUGCUCUCAAAAUUUUCCAAAGUUGCUUAUUCACAUACAUAAUGUCCUGCACAGCAUGGGCUUUGCUAGAUGAACAACGGGGAGUCGACGGAGAUAAGACAUGCUGUCAAACUGAUGCUUGGGGAAUCAGAGCGUAGAAACUGUUGGACUGUCAACAGGUUUUAACAUUAACAUACAUGUUAACCUGGUUUAAUAAUUCAUAGAACUGAACUUUGGACUAACUUUGCCCCUUGCUGUGUAUAGAGAUUGGGUAGUUGUGCAAAUUAGAAUCCUGACAGGGUUAAAAAAAGGCUGAGAGGUCUCGCUCACUCUGUCCGGGUUUUCAUUUGCACAAUCACCUGCUUAAUAUACACCAUCCUGCUUCAUUUCCAACCAACAACUAAGUCAGUGGUUCUCAAGUCCAGUCCUCGAGCCUCCCUGUCCUGCAUGUUUUGGAUGUUUUCCUGCUCCAACACACCUGAUUCAAAUGAUCAGCUCGUUAUCAAGCUCUGUAAUGGCUGAAUAACGAGCUAAUCAUUUGAAUCAGGUGUGUUGGAGCAGGGAAACAUCCAAAACAUGCAGGACAGUGGAGCUCGAGAACUGGACUUGAGAACCACUUAACUAAGUACAUAAGCUGACACAAAGCACUGAUUUAAAGAUAUUUUAAUCAAAUCUUCUUUUUCUAAACAUGGAAACAAUAGUUCCUCUGAUUCCAGGGUCAGUAACACUUCCAUGGCAACAGACUCGUAUCAACCCUUCCCCCGAGAGAUGUAGCGCCCAGUCGUUUUGCAGGCUGUUCCCACAUAUCUGCUAGGUUGCUGCCAUUAUUUCCAGACUUUAAGAUCAGCCUGAGACAUGAGCUUAUGGUUUUACCACAGUGUCAAUUGGUAAAGGUGAGAUUUGCUGCAACACCUUUCCGUGCCUUGAUUUGAUGGACCAAGUGUGAUCAGGUUGUUCCUGGUGCUGCUAUGAAUCACCAUUGCCGUGGGGGUUUGACGAAUCAAAAAUCAAGUACUUAACCCAGGCUUGGAGCAAGUAUAAAAGCUGGGAAAUGAGCCUGUAACUUUCUUUUUUUUCGAAGGUGAUUUGUAGCUUCUCAAGGAGGGCAACUUUGCUUUCAUUCUGGUUUUGCUCAUUGUACUCAGAUUUUUGACACAGAAUCUGGAAGUGAGGUAAGAAGACUAACAGCUCUCUUGGCAAACAGAUGGCUUAUGUGUAAAGUGUUGCGCUGGAAUAAAAAAACUUGAAACAUCACAUCUUGCAUGUAGAAAGCUGUGGCUAAAUCAGGUAUUUUAGACUAAAACAAUCACAGAAAAAAGCCAAACUCCUGAAGGGAUUCACCUUUAUCCUUUACUUGGCAGUGGAUUGGACUCGGCAUCCUCAGAUUAUCAUCUUAGAGGAGAAGUCUGAUUCCAAAAGGACCCUAAAUCAAAUUUGGCAUUUGCGUAAUCUGAUAGGCAUUGUCAGGCUUCUAUUUGGCUGCUGGGAGAGCGAUGUCAGCUAUGAAGGAGGGCAAGAACAUGAUGGGAUUAUGAAAUGUGGAGUAAUCCUCUGAACAUUUGGAGUAAUAAAACGUUUGGAGGUCCGAGGGAACGCCAAUAAACAUAUAAAUAAACAUAUAAAUAUACAACGCAGCCUUACAUAGAAUGAAAAUGAGGUGAUGGUAAAUUUCAUGAAGGUGCAGCCAAGGUCAUACAGCAGCUGUUCCACUCUGUGCACUUGUGGGGCAGUGUUGAAGGGUUAAUGCAUAUCAUUACUGUUUGAUGUGCUUAUAGACAAGCCAUGACAAGUGGUUUAUGGUUUUCAGCAGAGCAGCUCUUCUUAGCCGGUCAUAUAUUAUUUAUCCCAUGAUUCUCUGGGUGCGGUGUUGAGAGGUAAUUCAACAGAAUAAUAAAAAGAAGCACAAGAGUCGAUGUUAGACGGUUUUUAGUUAAUUUAAAGACAUACUGGCAGAAUUUUAAGGCAUACAGGAGAUACAUUUUACACCACAUGGAUACACUUGUACCUCCUUCUUCCUCCUCCUCCUCUCCCCCAUCUGUGUGAGGGAUUGCAACUGCACCCAAAGGAUCUAUUAUGUCUGCUCGAGGGCAGCUUAACAGUUCCUUCAGGAUAGACCGAAAAAGGUGAAAUUUGAAUGUUUACUGUUUGUCCCAAAGGUUCAUGUGACAUUUGCUUUCCUGGAGGCAUGUAACAGACUGCAUGAUGUUCUUUGCAGGUGUUUGGGUUCACUUUCAGGCGUUUCGCUGAAGGUGUCAAGCAUUCGCUCGGCUCGGAAACCUUGAGUCACCAAGCUGAAGGGACUGUCAGGGCGAGGGCGCGGCAAACUUUAACACGUUCUUAUGAGGUGUUGGUUUCCAUCAGCUUCUCUCGCACGCUGCGUCUUCUUUCAUCCUCGUCGAAGCUCAAAUUGCUCAUCCAUCUGUGAUUAUUGAGGUGCGGGAGGGUGCGAGAGGACAUUUUUAUUUCCUUCUCACACCGCUGACUGUACACUGAUAGAGUCCGGCGAGUCAAUUACGACUGUUUUCUCCAAUCGUGUGAGUCAAGACUUGGGUGGCAGAUUGCCGAGAGCACAAACAAGAAAAAGUCAGGGAGUCGAUCAUGUGCGUUCAUCUCUUUUUGCCCCUCAAACAAACACUAACCUCAUGCUGUACUUCUCAGCAUUUUAUAUUCCAUUUGGCAAGCUCGAUUAAGCACAGCGCUCCUAUACAAUACGACGCACGUGGCCACCCACUGCUGCUGCUUCUCAUUAUUCCCUGACGCCGGGAAAUCAACAGCGAGUGGAGGCAGAGAAAGAGCAGGAAGAGCGCUGCAGCUACACUCCUGCAUGUGCUGCGUAUGAGCAAUGCAAGGAGACAAAGACAGAAGGAAGGAGAAAAGAAUUUGUCGAUACAGAGUUAGAUUUGGAUGGCUGUGAAUAGGUUAUAGCCGCGCUGUGAGGGGGGACAGAUAAAACAUUGGUGCUGCUCCAUGUCCCCUCAAGGCUCGGCUUCUAUCUGAAUAUUCAUCGAGCUGACACUGGCUUUUUCUCGCCACCGUCUAUAAAAUGAUGCCAGUUGGCUUUUACCUUGUGGCCUCUAAUAAGCCUCUACAGCAAGCAUGCAUACAAAUGACUCUUCAUAAAGCACAGACACACAUUAUGUUUCAGCACAUCCUUGUAAACAGCAUGAAAACAGCACGAAAACAGCACAAACUGACCCCAGAGUUUACUUUGUUUGUUUCAACGGCUGUCUAUGACGGGGAAACGUUUAUCUGUGACACUUUGUAUAUCUCAGAGACUAAAAGAAAGACUCGUUGACUUUAUCUCUUUUCAUGCAUGUGCUGCAGUUGUUUAUCCGUUCUGUAUAAUGAAAUAUCUGAUCUGCUGCAGGGGGAUAAUCAGAUUGUUUUUUCGGAAAUCUUUCAGUUUGCCAAAAAAAGUAGAUUACUCAUUUAUUCCAGUGGUUUAUAUAAUUUUUUAGUCAGUUAUGAUCCAGGAUAGAGAGAUUUACUGCAAAGCAACUUGAAUUACAGAGUCAUUUUGGACAGGGCAGACGCUUCAUUUGGUGACAGUACUGAGGAUGAACUGUUUUUCUUGCUGCAGGGCAAGACAGGGCACAAAUUAAAAGACCAAAAAAAAAAAAUGGAUAUGUUGCAUACCAAGUUACGCUAUCGAGUCCUCUAUAGAUACUUGUAGGUCUAUUACAAAUAGGUCUUUAACAGGACUUGUUGCUUUUAUGACUCAACAAGUGCCUGUUUCUGCAUGGAGUGGUUUCUAUGCUUCAAUAAACUUGAUUAAUACGACAGGAACCUUUCGACAUACAUUUCUUUUGCCAUCGCCCAUCAGUCAUUUUAUUGAUCUGAUGUUGACCCAUCUCAGUAUAACCGUAUUUCAGAACUGUAAUUUGACUCAGAUCUAACUUGAUGCGCUCAGUCGCUCCUCCCUGCAAAUGAUGCUGGGACGUGUUUCUUUGUUUGCAGGAAUAGUUUCUUGUAAAACUUGACUAGAUGCCAGUUGAUGCAGGUUUGUGCCCCUGUGAUUUGAUUUAAGUGAAAUGACUCAACAGCAGUGAUGUAGGUCCAACAGGACUUGCUCAAAUGUUGUUGGUUUUGAGGUUUUGGAAGAUUGCAUUACCAGAUCCAUAGUUGAAUCUCGCCUCCAUCCCCAUCCUUCAUCCCUUGGCUCCACCAGCUGGAUCGCUGUUGCGUGUCUCAGCUCCACUUGUGUAAUAUGUCAGUGCUUAUCAAGGCAGUGUGUCUGCUUCACAUCUCACAAUGGGGGGAACAUGGAGGCAGGGUUUCCAUUUAAUCAGUGGGUCCAAUCCAAUUAAAAUAGAAGCCCAAAGUGGACUUACAUCAACAUGUCUUAUUGACUCACUUCAUCCUCAUAAUAACAAGUAAGUUGUUAUGAGGUUUUAACUUAUUUGAAUCAUUAUUUUGGAGAUAAUUUUCCUAAAGGGUCAUUUUCCAGCUAUCUAAACAAGAAAGAAAUGAGCCGGUCAAUGUGAUAGGUCAGGCUAUGACAUGCUUUGCCAGUGUUGCAUGCACUAAUGAGCUAAAUUAGACCUUUUUGUGAAUGUUUGGAGCUUUGUCAAACUCCAGGGUUAAAGGGAUAUUCCGGCAUAAAAUUAAUGUAGGAUCAAAUACACGGUAACAUCGAGUUAGACACCCCCUUGAGAGAUGAAUGUUGUCGACCGCCUGCUUCUCUAGUUAUACCAACUUUAGUAACGACCGCAUGAUAGCAAUACACAGUGAUCUGAGGAGCCAUAAAUAAACCUCAACCAAAACGCCACUCUAUAGCCACAAAUAAUGCUCAGAACAGCACCUAACUUCAUCAACAGUACAUAUAGGGUCCCAGCCAUAGCACUAACAACCAAACAUCUUUUUAACUUUGACUCAUUUCUUUAGCAAAGAGACUAAACACAACUCACCUACUCUCUUCCAGCGGCUCUAUGUUUGUAGCAAGACCUCAAGCCAGUCCAUUAAGGACUACAGUGGGGUGACGCAGCUCAAGGAAGAACAUUAAUGAUAAUAUCUUGAUCAUUUCCUCAAAGUAAUAAUCACCAUAAUAAUCAUUUUGCACUGCAGACACAGUAGUUCUUCUGCCUUAGCAUCUCGGUCUGAUCGCAUUUCCAUGAAGAAAUGAUCAUAAAUAUUCUUCCUAGAGCUGCUUCAACCCGCUGUAGUCCGUAAUGGACUGGAAGAGAGAAGGUGAGUUGUGUUUAGUCUCUUUGCUAAAGAAAUUAGGCAAAGUUAAAAACAUGUUUGGUUACUUGUGCUAUGGCUGGGACCCUAUAUGUACUGUUUGACCCUAAAUUAAUUUUAGGCCAUAAUAUCCAUUUAAAUAUUUAAAAUCAUUUGAUUUUAAGUUGAGGUUUGUACAACGAAAAUGCAUUCGUUACCAUGGGGAAACAGAGUAGAGAAAAUGUAUGGAUGCAUUUCCAUGUAAGGCCUCCAUAAAUCCACUUUUUAAAACCGCAUGUAAAAACAAAUAUUAAAGAUGUUGUGCUUAGAUGAACUUAUUCAUCCCAGACUCGAGUCAAGCUGUGCUUUAGCUGGCAGACACUCCUCAAAUCUGUAUGCUACUCCUAAUCCCUGCACACAAACACACUGGACCUCUACUUAGCAGCUCCAUCUGAAUCAUCGCAUCAAAAAAUCCCUUUCAUUUUGCUCUCCUGUUUGUUUGUAGAGGUGACGUAGGCUCUCGGUUUGUUUGCCGCAUGCUGGUUGGAGAAAAAGAUCAAAACAACAUGGGAUUUAUCUUCAUGUGAAGCAUACAUAAACUACAGAGCUGCUCAGACAUUGUCCUUCAAAAUCCAUAUUCAUAACCACCCUCACCAUGUGCAGUAAUCUUAAAUAUUCAGGCGUAAUCCUUUCGGGCUCUUCUGGUAAGAUGUAGAAUUCAAGUGAGAUUGAAAUCAGCGUUGCUUCUCUAGAUAGCUGUGUGCCAUCAGGACAUAAUUUUCUUUUUCCUCAAUUGGAAAAGAUUAGGUUGAAUCUACGAGGCUUUUGUCACCCUCUGGGCAACACUUGAUUUUCAGAGUAUUUUAAAAGUCCACCAACUUUACCUUCUGAUUCAGUAGAUACUUCACUCUCUCUGUCUUUCAGUUAAGAGGAGAAAGUGGAAAUGUCUGUGUGAGGUGCUGGUAACUUUUGAUUUCAAAGACUGUCUGCCUUUUUUGUGUCGGACUGAGUGAAGCAGUGUUUAUAAUCCCAUGUAAAAUCAAAUGCCAUCCCACAGCACACACACACAAUGUAUUAUCUUUUGAGUUUGUGCUCUAAAUACUUAGAAAUAAUCUCUAGUGCUACUGAAUUGAUUUUACACAACAUAUGGUUAGGUUCUAGGCCUGCAACAAAAAUAUCUCUGUCAUAUAUUUGUCAGAAAAAUGAAGCAAAAUGCGAGAUUGUGAAAGAAUUAAGUCCAAACCUCCUUAAAAAACCUCACACUGGGUUUCUAGCUUAUAUGAGAGACAGACUGUGAUCAGGAGGAAAGUCUGAGUCAUUGAUUUUAUCGUGCUCUGCCUCUGAAGAGGCGAGGCUUUGAGGAAACUCAGAUUGUGGUGGAAAAAGCUCAGAGAAAAUACUUAAAUUGAGUGUGUGGAGGGGUAGAGGGCUGUGGCGUGGCUUAAAUAUUCAUUUGCUUGUGGCGCUAGUUCUGGUGUGAUGUUUUAGCUGCUGGCUGUGGAUCUCAAGACGGAGCUCAUCAAACAUGACUGUCAGUUAGAAACAAAGAUGAUUUAAAAGGAGCGUUUUAUUCAGGCGAUGAGCAGGACUGCUCUCUUAUAUCAAAAUACAUGAUCCCAAUUACCUUAUGAUUAUUAACCACAGUUACUCAGUUACUCAGUUUCAAUGCUAAUAUAAAACUUUGACCUGUAGUAGAGCAUUUCUACUUCUACUAACCCUCCAUCAGCAAGACUUAAGCCGGAAACAUACAGGAUCUGUAUUGAGCGUGUUUCGUAUUUGCUCCGUAGAGGAGGUGGUCUAUUUCCUGCUGAUUUGGAUGUAAUUCAGUGAUUGUUGAGCCUUUACUAUAUUUGAAAAAGCAACGUGAUUUUACAGUUUCAGUUUUUUCAGGUUCAUUCAUGGUUAAUCAAGUUAACUAUGUUCCUUUUUGCUGUGCUGUUACCUUCAGACAGUUAGCAAAUAAAAGUCCUGUUGCGGUCCACAUGGAUCAGGGAUUCACCGUUGGGUUUUUCUGUGUUACUGAUAAAUUCAUAACCAGGAAGUAUUUCUCAUCUACAUGAACUGAUACACAGUCGGGAGUUUGCAUAUGGUGUUUUAUUUUGAAAUACCAGAUGACAUGCAUAGUUUCCGUGCUUGACAUCCUGUCUAGAACGAUUUUCUCUGUGUGGAUUGAGGCGCAUUGAAAGCGUAGAGCAGCAAAAAUAGACUUAGCACGUAUCUUUAGCGGUGCUGCGCUCGAUACGCUUCUGAUACGGAGCUGCGACAGAGCUGGUAUGCGUCUUGUAUGCGAUGCUGCGUUGAUUAGAAUGGCAACCUAUUUGCUACGUGAUGUGCGACGCUGUUGAUACGCACUCAAUAUGGAUCCUGCAUGUUUUAGCCUUUAGCCUUAUAUGUUAUUUUGAUACUAAAGUUACCACUGUUAGUACUCAUCACCAAGCUUGGCAAUCAUCAGCUUGAUAAAUGUUACGACUGCAGCCUGCUCUCCUUCUGCUCACUCUGUCCCUCUGCUUUACUAACACACCUCAUCUUCUUUCUCCUCCUCUUAGCAGCUCGACACAGCUCUCCUCUCAUCCUCUGAAGCUGCAUGGUUGUAUUGCUGAAGCACAAACAUGUCCAUGGUGUAGCAGUCCCUACUUAAUACUAUUUGCAGAAUUCACAGCUUCUUUGUGCACCCAAACUUUGUAGCACAUAGAUCUGAGCUCUCCAGGAUGAUUUAUUAUAGCCUACUGGCUCUGAGGUGCUUCAGUCCAGAAAACCAGUCCAGCACUGGUCUUUGCUCACUUUCAUCCUCACACUGAAUGCAAGUCAGAGCUGUGAGGAAGAGAGGAUGGGUGAGCAUGCAAAUCCUCUUCACAACUCUAAUUUGCAUGGUACAUUUUCUCCCUUUGCUACAAUACUGGAGCAUAAUGAAGUAGUUAAUUUCCUGCUUUACAUCCUUGAAUUGUAAAGUUCUACAGUAUUGAGUGGGAAGGCAAUAAAGAAGAGAGUUAUUUAAAGUUAUUUAGAGUUGAACUGAAGUGCCAACCGGCAACUUUCCGCAUCCAAAGAAAUGUGAAUCUUUCUUAACCUCUGAAGCAUGGCAGGUUGACUGUUACCAACAGGAUACCGACGACUUCCCACAUAGAGGCUCAUCAACUAACUAGUUGGAGUCACUAGUGCGGAAACAAAAGCAUGAUCCCUCCCUGACUCCCCAGCAUGAAAACACAAUUAGUUUUGUUUCCAUAUACCCCCUUGCAAGUCUUUGUUCAAAGGUGAUGUCAAAAACUUUCCACACAUCAGCCCAACUAAUCUCUCCUCACAGAGUCUGUAUAAAAAUACAGAAGUGGUGCAGGGAGGACAAGGUUUUGGAGUGGAAGGGUUCUGGUUUAGCUUGCUUUGGCAAUCCUGGACCCUUCUGAGAGUGUCAAAUAACGCUGAUUCAAGCAUCCACUCUUUGACGUAAUUUCUUGAUGCCAACGUCAAUUUGUACUUGUCAGAUUAGUCAGAUUAUAACCAAUGCUGUUAUUACCUCAGAGCAAUUUUCAAGAGACACACAACAUACAACCUGCAUUUCAGGCCGAUGAAAACAAAACCAUCUAUUAUUUUUGACUCAUGAUUCUGGUGCUGACUAACAAGGGUGACAGCAUUUGAACCUGCAGUUGACUGAACAUGUUCAUCCCCAGUUUUGAACACACAUGAAGUGUUUCCAAGCGAUGUUUUACUUUUGAUGCAGCUGUUGUAGAUUUUAAAGUCCGGGUUGUUAACUUUCAGUCAUGCUUAUAGAAACAUAAAUGAGCUUUGUGACGUCAAGGAUCAGGUUAGCAAAGGGAUACGUUGUUUUUCAUCAGUCAGGGUAGUGAUCUUUGUUUUUGGCACAGCUACAUGUCUUGAAAUCUUUUUUUCUGAGUGUCUUCAGUGCAAUCCUGAUUGGGAUGGGUUUUUCAUUUCAUUAAAUGUGAGGGUAUUUCAUCACCUCAAGGCAGCAGUUUGCCCGAGGAUGAGAUUGUGCAGCAAGAAAAAUGUUGUGUAUACUUAAAACAAAAAAAAAGAAGAUACCAGAUGGGAUUAUAUGAAAAGCUUUGCAGAUACUGAGUGACAGAGGAGUUUACAUGUCUAUCUUUAGUGCCAAAGGCUUUAUAACAAAGAAAACAAUGAGUCAGCGAUGCAAAUUCCUGUCACUUCUUUUUGUUUUUCCACAUUGAGAUAUAUGUGCACAACUUGUCCGGCAUAUUAGCCUGCACACCAAAGAGCAGCAUUUCAUUACGCUGGAUUGAGAUCUCUAUUUGAUCCUUCUCCUUUAGCACAUUUCCCUGUUAAUACCCCUUCUGAUGUCUGAUUAAAACUCUCAAAGUAACGUUGCUUCAACCCCCACCCACCCAUACACGCACCCAUACACUCAUACAUCCUCACUAUCAGGCACAAAAAGGCCAAUUUGAGAAAAUUAAAAAUCUUUUAAAGGGAUGUAGUUAUCUCACCCCUUUUUUUCCGACGGACAUUUUUAUGUAACUCAAUUGAUGCAUGACAGCUUCCAUUAACUUCUGAUCCCUGAGUUGGUAUAAAUACUCUUUUCAAUUUAGAUAGUGGUGAGUGGUGAAUGGGGCGUAGCGUUGGUGUGCAUGUAGAGUGGCGACCUUCGUUAGACGUCUUGAAGAAUCAUUCAUGUUCACGCUCUGCAGCUGCGCCUACACAUUCAAAAACCCGGCUGUAUCCGUUGACGCUUGGAUAUACAGUACAUCUCUCAAUAUUAAGCUUGAAAUCGCAAAUGUAAAUCUUUUUGUAAUCUUGAUUUUUCAUUCGUCUCAAUCAGUUCGCCUCCCUUUUCUAUCAGCGGAUGCCGCGUUAUUUAUCAUCUCCUUCAUCCACUUCUUCGCUCACUUCCCCAGAAUUUAUAUAGUGUCGAGGCAACCUUGUAUUCUUGCCCUCACACACAUUCCUCUGAGGCUCAUAGCCUUUAAGUGUGUGGGAGAAAGCGGAAGAGAGAGAGGGAGAGAUAGUGGUGCUCUAAUGGGGUUUAUCAAAGUCAACGUGAAUACUCUAACAGUCUGGGCCUGAACUUCAAAGCCCAGUCUCCACUGCAAUGCCAACCACUCUGGACAUCCAUCAAACACCCAGGCAGGCGAACGCGUAAAUUGACUAAAUUGGAUGCCGGAAAUGUUUGUAUUGUAAGGACAAAUACUCUGAUGAAGGACUAAUCACAGCGUGUCAGAGGGAUGUUGAUAAAACCCGACAUUUUCACAUAGUUAGCUCCAAGGUGUCGUAAGAAGCUCUUCGUUAUUUCUUCCGCCGGUCCUCCUCAUCGGUAGAAUACAUUGAAAUUGUGCGAGUUCUGCCGCAACAUGCUUUAUGACAUGCCAUCGAUUCAAGAGGAGAUGAAAGGAAAUGCUGUGUGAUUUGAUUUCUCAUUCGGGGGUCUUAAUUCCCCCUGACAUGCAUUGAGAAACAGCCGUCCUUUUGAUUGCAGAGUCUGACCAACAGGGUUAUUCUCUCUGGGAGAUCAGAGUGAUUCUUUCCAGUUUUUAUUAGACUUCAAAGGUUACAUACAGUAAUAAAUGCAGAGCAUAUACAGUACAUGUAUUCAUCAUUUUGAUAGCUGUGGGCACACUUUAAUCUAUCAUAAAUCAAGUGUGUUUCUCUGUGUGCGUCCACGUCCGUUCAGAUGAAGAGUAAUGCUAGUUUUCUUUCCUGGCAGUAAUAAACAGAAGUCCUUUUUUUCCCAGAGUAAACCUGCACAAAAGAUAAAAAUCCAUUAAGUGAAUUGCUCUUUGAAUUCUCCACAGGUCACUGGAUCAUAUUUGAAAAAUGCCCAAAAUGCUUCACUUGGAAUUGAAGGGUCACUCAUCUUCCCUGUCUGCCAUCUUUGGCCAUAUGGACCUCCCAAGUGAGGAUUGAUUCACCAGAUAGAAAUGGAUUUUGGUAUUAUGAUACUCAGUGAGAUUACAGCGCCCUUUUGUCUUGUGUGUUUAAGGCUGUAAUAAUAUGAGAGAGGAGGAGGAAGAUGAGAUGAAAGGGCCAUAUUGACCAUGUGCUUCAGUUUUUUUAUUUUUUUCUAGCUGGGACUGGGGUUGUCACAGUAUCAGACAUUCACCAAAAAAGUACAACUGUGGAAGAUAAGGAAAUAUUUAAGUCUUUGACUUAAAGGCGAGGUAGGCAGGAUUCCAUUAAAGAAGCAUCUUUUUAUUGUGUAUCAACAAAAAAGGCUUCUAAUAUCAGUCAAUAGUGAUUAGUUAUUGAUGACAUUUGGUAAUCUAAUGAUAUCGCUGCGUUUUGUUAUGUCUGUGAAAUCAACAUUUAAAAAUUUGAGUGUCCCGCUCUUUCUGACUGUAAACAAAGCCAUUCUCUGCCCACUACUAAUUGGUUGUGAGGCAGAUGCUGCUCCCUCAUGUUGUGAGGUACACUCCACGUCCUCCAAUAACAAAGUUACAUGCUACAACAUCUGACCAUUGAAACCAACCAGAAAGUAUGGAAAACACAAGAAAUAAAAUAAAGGAAAUACCGGAGACUCUGGCAGAAUAACGGGUGCUUGAAACAGAGGCAGACCGGACAAGAGCUAAGAAGCCGGGUCAACAACAGCAUAAACGAGUGUCUGUUUGUGGGCGGGGCUUGCUGGAGCAGAGCGGAGAGCUAUGGGGAAAACUGGUUGGGAGGGGUAGAGUUUACAUUCAAGAUUUCUCCCAAAAACUGGCACUUCCUCAGAUCCUGCCUACCCCACCUUUUAGAAAAAGCCAAAGGUACUAUGUAUGUACCAAAUAGCAUGAGAGUUAGUCCUGUAGUUGACAGCUAUAAAUAUCUGUCAAAAAUCCGUUGCAGACUAUCUAGUGCAUACAGCAUUUUCAAAGCUCUGGCUUACUUUUAGUGACUAUACUGACAAAAUAAAGUGCCAGAUUUAACUUGUAGUAAAGUAUUUUUACAAUGCAUCACUGAAAAUGAAGGAUUUGAGCUCUUUUGCCCUCUACAUUUUUAUCACAGGCUGCAGAUCUAACAAAGCAUUUAGUUUUUCAAGCUUUUAUAUAACAUCCUUUGAAAUGUCAAGACUUGAGCUUGUAUCUUAUUAUGAUUCAGAACAAUAUCUCUCAUUUUUUGGCCUGGCAGCCGUUCACUCAUUUGUGCUCAUGAUCGCUGCAGUUUCUCUCACACCUGUCUACCCCCUGCUCCUCUCCCUGCUCUCCUCUUUCCUCCUGCAGCUUCCUGACAGUUUGUACCAUUGUUGCACGCAGCUGCCGCUUCCUCCCUCCCAAACUCUGAACCUGGAGAUCCAAAAUCACAGUUGAAAUUGAAAAUCAAUUUAUUUCUCAGCUCAUGCAGCACAUGUUGAGAUAUUUCGGACAGACCUCUUGGGGCUGUGGAUUAAAUGCCUGAGGCUCACAAGAGUCAUUGAGAUUCAUCCUCUGGGUACCAUGACUGUCUGGAACAAAGGUCAUGGUGAUGUUUGAAUAGCUGUCGAGAUAUUCUACCAAGAGCCUGACAUGUCAACCUGCUGGUGGCAUAAAGGACAAAUAAAGGGAUCACUCGAAUCGAAAUGAUGUAUCAGCAGGGGAGCAUGAAUCUCAUUAGGUAUUUCAUGUUACACUGCAGCUUAUUCACUGGUUGACCUUUUUUUUCUUUUUUUUUUUGGUUCAGCACUUGACAUUUAUAAGACAUGGCGAGUCAACACUUUGCGUCCUUGUUGGACCCUAGCAUGACUGAAAAACUACAAACUUACAGAGGCAUGCUUGUGCAGAGUUGCACGUAUCAUGUAUUUUGCAUCAAAAUGCAGCUGUAUAGAUGCAGUAUAAGCAAACUGCAAAGGCCAAUGCACCAGUACAACCCAUACACACAUACACGCACACACAUACACACCUUAACCGUAUAGUUAUUGAUUGCUCCGCUCUAUUUUGCUGAGACAGAUGCUGCUUCUCCCUGGAUGCUGCUGGACCACUUGGCUGGUGGCCUCUCUCUCUCUCUCUAACUCCCUCUCUCUCUCCUUACCCUUCAGAUAGCUAUUCUUCACCAGUAGCCCCAUGCACACACACACUAACGCACACAGACGCUCACACCUUAUGUCAUGCCAUCACUACUCUUCACCUGCUUUCUCUCUUGAGUUUGGACUGCUCUCCUUCUUAAUAUUUGUCUUCUUUCUCCCAUCUCUCCCUGCUUCUACCAGGCUGUUUCUCACACUCUCCAUCACUUGUUUUCCUAUCCCUUCCUUUUUUUAAUAGCGUGUGUUUUUUUUUACUUCCUACCCUCUUUACAGAGCCUGCUAUUUCUCCACUAUCUGUCUUUUUCCUUAUUCUCUUCCUACUCUAAAAACCUCUCUUCUCUUUCUCCGGCUUUCUCGACAGCCAUGACCAGUUUUUCUCACCUAUGCCUGUCUUUUUGUGUCAGUCUGUUAUUUUUGCUCCUUUGCGGACAGGUUGUACCCUCCUCUGUCUCUAAGCGCCACGAUGGGCAUGCCACAGACUUACACAUGACUCACAUUUGAUUCUGUCUGCGGAAUGCUUCAUCAUUUACAAAUCUGCUGCACUGUUUGUCUUAUUUGUUACCGCUUCAUUGCCAAACUUCAUUAUCUUUUAACCACCUAGAGGGAUAAUUUUCUACAAAUUUACUCGUCUGAGCUCAUUAGUUUCCAAAUUAAGGCCGCAACCAACACAUUUCUUAACAUCAUUUAUGAAUGUGGUUGAGAGUUUUCGUUUAGCCAAUGAUUGUUAACCCUCCUCCUGUGUUAGGGUCUGCACCAACCAGUUAUUGUUUUUAAAUGCUUUAAAAAACCACUUAAAUAAGCUUUUUUUUGCAUCAAGACUUUUUGACUUUGUCAGGAACCUCUAUUUCAACAAAAAUAAAAAUAGAAAUAUUGAAUUGACUAAAUUAUAAAAUGCUCUUAUUAAAAUUAUGGCACUUGUGUUAGAGUUGACCUGGUUUAGAUUAAUAUCUAAUAGUUAGAGCAAAAACUAAAAUAAUAUGUUCACUGUCAGGCACCGCACUGACAGUCAGAUCCUCUUCCAAUCAUUUGAUAUCUAGGAAAUUCUCAUUUUGACAUGUUUUCCCCUGCACAAAAAACAAUGUCUGGCAUGUCCAGACAUGUGAGAUCAAUUCAGUAUAGAUGUCUGUAUGAGGGGUAUACUGACAAAGAAAGGCCCAAAAGACCAAAACAAAAACUAUUGUAAGCAAUAUUUUCAUGGAUAAUGAAGCACAACAUGUUACCCUAGAGAUGAGAACUACAUUGGAUGAUAAACAAUUUUUUUACUGUAAUUUGCAGCUGAUUUAAGAUACGGGUCAAAACCGACCCUUAACAUGGUGGGUGCGUAGUAAAAGCUAACACAGGAAGAAGUUUAACACAAAAAAGUAGACAAAUUCCUACAAAAUGAUCUAAAUUGCAGAAGAAUAUCUUCAGACAAACUGUCAAAGCAGGUGAGGAAAUCUCUACUCACAUUGUUUACACAGAAGAAAUUUGACACUUUUCUGUAAGCAGAAAAAAUCAUGCCAAAUCAAUAUGACAGAUACAGAAACGUGAAGAUUUUCUGUGGUGGGAGAAAAAAGAUAGAGAAAGCUAAACACAAAAUCAGCUUACUCUGAAAACCUGGAAGACCCCCCGAUGAACAUUCAUUAAGAGUGAUUUGAUAACAAAGCAUGACCACCAUACUAAAGUACUGUUAUUUUUCCUUUGGCAAGUACACACUCAUUUAUUAUUCCUCAGGAAGGAAGAAGGACACAAGGUGCAAAAAUGAGUCUUACAGGCAUCUCUUCAAACUAAUGCAGAGCCUGUUUCAAUCUGGAAGUGCUGCUGCAUUUUUGAGAGCCUCUCAGUCGAUCAACAUUACAGUCAAAAUCUGUAAUAACUAAUCUAAAUAACUAAUAAUGAAAGGACAAAAUGAAAUAGGCGGGAUCCAGCAAUCACAUUUAACCCAAUCCAUUGUGCCCUCAAAGUUGUGUUACCUACUACAUGCCCUAAUCUCCCCCACAAUCAAAAACUGGACAUGAAUAAGGAAAGGAGGGCAGUGAGAGCCACCUCAUUACCAUGGGUUAUAGAAUGGGUUCCUCCCUUCGCUGGUGUUUAGUCAAGCGGGCCCAUAACAACUCAAGAAGCUGAACAACGGUUUUAGUUAAAAAAAAACAAGUCAAUAACUACAGCUGAACCUUCACCAAGUGCAUCAUCAUGUGCACUUUCUCCUUUAUAGAAUAAGACACACUCACAUGCUCACAUUCAAUUAAGAGAAACAUCUUUUAUGAUCCGCACAUAUAGCUAUCAUUGCCAUCGGCAAAAGUACCCACACAGGUAUAAAUAGUGCUAUUAACUGUCAAGUAUUCAUUAUGCAUGCAGUGGAGAAUACAGCCAUGUGAUCCACGUGAAGAGUUACAGCCUACCUUUCCUCUGAAUUUAAAUAAUUAAUGUAGUUUUGCUGCUCAUCAUCAUUCAUACAUGUAUGUGACGUGUCUCUUCAGUUUUAAAGUAAAUGACUAUUUCUGCAAGUGGAAGUGGGAUUGUAUCAGCACAAAAAGAUUAAUUAGUAUGCUUACAUGGUGGAAAAGUUGAAGUUUAUAAGAACAGAAAGACUGACUCACUUAGCUCUUGAAAGGAAAAGGAGAAAAUGUCCUGAUUAAUUUGAGCCUGAAUUGUAAUAAUCAACAGACUUAAUUCAAGCUCUUUUUCACACUUUGCACCCCGAUUGUGCGUCACUUAACAAGCAAAAGGUGGUGAGACACACCCUCAUUGACUCUUUCGACCCUGCUCUUUUUAUUAUUGAAAUAAGGCUUUAAGAAUUGAAGAGAAUUCAUCUUAAACCCAACACACAUGGCACAACUAUCUCAAAAUCUCUGAUUAAUUGAACUUCUAACAGAGCUGUAAACGAUGUUUCGGGACCCUCUCUUGUCCCCAGAAGACUUCCUUGUUUUCUAACAAGAGUACUGUGACCUGUUGAGUAAUCUGGUUGUGGGAACCACAGUUGGAGCAGCUUAACCGGUUGUAAUCUCCUCAUCUGGAACACUGAGCUGUGUCGAGCACAAGUGGGCUUUAUUUCACUUGUUUGUUGGCGUCUGUCAAAAAUGGAAAUAACUACAUUUAACUUGGCAUGUGUGAAAUAAAUGCAUGUUGGGGGAGGAUAAGAUUACAGCAGGUGUCAGAAGUAUUCUGGUUGAAAUCCUUUGGGCUGAGGGAAAAUUGGACCGAUCUUACUGAGUUUAUUUAUUCAUGCUGGAAUCUGGCAGACUUGUAGUAAAAAGCUAUGUUCCAUGCUGCUUAGACCCCUACAGCUAGUGCUAAGAGCUAGUGCUUGGCUAGCUCCCUGUUGCCUUCUUAUUGUGCUGGUGGCAGGCAAGAGUCCCACUGCCAAGUAGGCCUUAUCCUGUCUUAAAGCUGCAGGAAUUAUGGGGCAGAAAGUACCAGCACUGCUGAUAAAUGAGGUUGGAGAACAUUUUUACAGCUUCAAACUGAAAUUGUUAUUUAAAGGCUUCUUCAGAAGCCAAGUCUCGAAUUAAAAAUCUAUAAAUUCAACAAGAUUUUACUAAUUAAAUCUUAACAUGUGUGUGCUAAGAGCUCAUGUGAACCAUGAUUUUUAAAGGCCCAUAAACCCACACCUUCCAUUUCAAAUGGCAACUGCGACCGCCUUUGAAUGUCCUGUGACUAAAAGGUGCAAUUCAUCAAAUCUACAUUAUCCCUGCAGCCCUUUGGCAACCUUGCAAUUCUGACCAAUUACGCAGUUUUCUCCACAGAUGUCAACACGUCUAUUACCAAAUUUAUUCUUAAAUGGGCGGAAGUAGCUCAGGAGUUAGAGUGAUCGUCCAAUAACUAGAAGGUUGGCAGUUCAACCACACUCCCCCCCCAUUCCGAAUCUGUCCAUGGUGUCCUUGGGCAAGACAUUUAACCCACUUUGCUCCCAGUGUGUGUCCUCCACUGGUGUAUGAUUGUGAGCGUUGUGUGUUGGUGAUCAGAGAGGCCGUAGGCGCAAACUGGCAGCCAUGUUUCUGUCAGUCUGCCCCAGGGCAGCUGUGACUACUAAGGUAGUUUACUACCACCAAGGUGUGACCGUGUGAGCGAAUGAAUGAUGUAUCCAAUGUAAAGCGCUUUGAGUGUCUCUGAUCAAGCACUGUAUGGAAUCUGAUGCAUUAUCAUUAUUAAAUAUGUAAAAUAAGGAUUCUGUUAGGUCUGCAGAGUCGAAGGGUGGUGGUUUAAUGAUCUAAAGCACAAACUAAAUCAGAACAUUUUAGAUCAGUUGUUGCAAGUUAAGUGGCACAGAUCUGAAUGAUAAGUAACAUAGGACACAAAGAGGGUAGAUUAAAUCCUUGAUUAUUUAGAUACUUGUCAUCAACUGUUUGGUAUCUUUUGGGCAUAGCAUGAAUCAAACCAAUCAGUAUGUCUGCUCUCAUUCCCUUUAGGAGCCAAGUGUGCCUGCAGACUGACGUGUUGCUAUUUUCACAGCAGAUUUCAGCCUUAAUGCUUACAUAGACCAGACUGAAACUGGCAUGUUCAGCUUCUAUUUUAUCAUUAUUUGUCCAAAAAUGGAAAUAACAAACAUAGGUCACUGUAUGAGUUCUGUCAAUGAAACAAGUCCUCCACUCAGGAUCCACUGAUAGUUUGGCACAGUAUCCAACUCUUAGCAAACAUCAAAGACAAGUAGCCUCACUUGAUUUUAAUCUGGAGUACAUGCUGUUAAGUCUGCAUGUAUUUGAGGGGAUGCACCUAAUGAGGCUUGAUGCAGCUUUUUGGCCUUGCAGGGCUCAGGAUAUGAGGCGUGUGAGGAGAUAGAAAUGAUGACGCCCUUGUCUUCUGGCAUCCCUGGAUGAGCCCCUUACCAAGAGCAGUGAGAGACCAUAAGCAUGCUCCUGCACUCAAAAAUACUGUAUUUAACGGUUGGAGCUGAAUCUGUCACUGAAAAAUUAUUGUUACAUUUGAAUCACAAUAAUUACCGUAAUAAUUCUUGGAUUUGUUGAGCUACCGUUAAUCUGGGAUGGUUAAAUCACACACAAACACGCUACAGUAAAUGUAUGUACCCGAUUCAGCAGCUCUUAUCUUUAUAGCCACAGUGUAUGUAAACCAUAUUAUGAAAUACAAACACGCACACUCAGGCACAUACACACACUUACUCCCAAUAAAAUCAUAGCACAACUCAUUUGAACACACUCUCAUAAAGCUCAAGAUGCAAACUCAUAAACAAACACUUAUAUAAAGUUGUUCAUUUACCCUCAGCACCAUAAUGUGUGAUGAACAUUUUAUAAAGGGGAAAAGUUCUCAUUACUUGUUAAUGCUUUUACAUCCAGCAAACUUUAGUGGUCGAACAUGGAGCAAUAAAAGAGUCUUAGAUUUGUCAGCUGUUUGAUUGAAAAGAGGAAGAUUACGUUUUACUAGCAUGAAGAUGAGGCACUCUUAACAAGUUAGUGCAUACUUUCCCUAAGCUUCUUUAACUAUCUACAGCAAUGACAGAAAAUAUUGAAUUAAAGCUACCCUAUAGAGUUUCCAUCCAUUAUUAACCCCGAGAACUCCCACUUAUAUUUUGCUAUUUUUGGUCAGCCUGUUUAUUAUUUUGUAAAAAUCUAUGUAGCAACUCUAUUCUUUCAAGCACAGCAAAAAUAUACACAGCUUUUUUUCAGGAAAACCUCAGCUGUCAGUUUAUGGGUGCAAAAAUCUUGUAAAAUGAAUGUGGCAGUAGAUUCAGAACCAUCAAAGUCAACCAAAAAACAAAAAACGGAAAUUGAUACCAGUAGUACUUUGCUCAAAAAACACUUCUUUUGCUAUUUACAGUUGUCACUCCUUGAAGCAGUUCCUGUCUGGGAUGAGACAGAGGGCCACAUCAUAAUCUCUUCUUUGCUUGUUUCCAAGCAUUGAGGACCAUUAUUUCCUACUGUGCAGACAAGCAGGGAACUGUCUUGUCUCUUGUUGAUCUUUUGUUUCCUCUUAUUGAACAAUAGAAGAAGAAUUUGAGAUCAUGUAAUUGGAUUUACCAUCAAACGUCUUUGAUCAAACAUCUAUUUUUGUGGCUGGAUUGUAAACCUUGUGGGAGGUGUAGAAAUGCCUGGAAACCCUCGAUAGAUCGCCAAAAGGGUAAGCUUUUGAACACUUUCAUCCCAUAGAGAUACACGGUAUAGUUCCCGAGAAACUAUUAACAAUAUUAAGGGUGUCACGUGGGAUUGCCGGCGAUCCAGCGGAGUUUUAAGUGUUAAUGAUGCUUACAUAUGUGAGCCCUGAUAUGCCCAUAUCGUAGACACACACGGUCACAUGAGCAUAUACUUUUUUGCCAAACUAGCUUAAGAGUUAACAUGUUCAUGAAUCAGUAAGUAUACUAACUCCAAGUAGCUUGUUAGUCCUUAUUUAUGUUCAAUUUACUGUAGUGAGUGACAACAUGUGUAUCACGCUAACACUCUCUGGCCCAUCAUGUUGUGUGCUUGACAGGGAGUCACAUGACUAACAAAUAAACACUCAACAUGGCUGAUGCACAGUUAUCUUCUUGGCAUGUGUGACAUGUCAAAAUGAUGCAGACCUCAGGGUUUACGUCUGGUGUCUCUGUUUCCGAGCCCGUCACCAGUCUCAGGAGUCAGAGGAGAGUGACCCUUUGAGCCUCGGACUGACAGCAGAGUACAAAGACUGCAGUUGCUGUAGCUCGUGCUGAGACUGUUUAUGUCAAACACAUGAACUCUUGAAAAUGAGGCUUGGAUGUUUAACAGUAUACAUGAACAAGUCUGUGUCUGACACUAGAUUUGAUGGCAGAAAAUGCUGACAGUAUGUCACAUAAUAGUUCAGAGACAGCCAGGUUGACACCUCCAACUUAAGAGUGAUGGCUAAAGGCUGGAAAAGAAAAGGAGGAGGAGGGAGGAGAAGAGAGGCUUCCCCAUCCCCUCUUUGUUCUGCACCAUGAGAUCGAGAGCAAAAUGGGAAGGAGUUGACAGGACAGGAGGGAGAAGAGUUGGCAUUUUGACAGCUGCAAUCUCUCUUUCUUGCAUAUAUACACAUAAACAUUAACAGAAAAAGUUGCACUGUACUGUCAGAGUUCAGGUGUGCAGAUCUCUUCACUGUAAUUUCUUUGGAAAAAAUAACCUUGGUGAAGACAAUCACCUUGACACGGAAGCUAUAAAGUUGAAUGUUUAGGAUGCAAAGUGUGCCAAGAGCUCCCUGGAGAGCACUGUUAAAAUAUUGUAGCAGGAAAUAUUAAAAGUGCACUGCAGAAGCUGGUAGAGGGCAAAGCUAUCAAAACUGAAAAUGCGCAGAGCCCUCUGAGAAGAUUUGGAAAUAUUAUUCUCUUUUUUUCAUUGUUUUGCAAAUGAAAACCAACCAAACCUUACUGCAAACUAUGGGUGGUAAAAAUGCACUUUUUAUAGCUAAGAGAAGGUUUAAAAGAAAAUUAAAACUGUGGGUGUUAUCCCUAUAAUAAUCUGCCUUUAUGAUAAUUUAGUAAAAGGGUUGUAAAAAAUCUGCAAUUGUUUUAUAACUGCACAAAAACAUAACUUUUUUACCCAUAAAAGAGGCAGAGUGCAGUGGUAAACAAUAGAGCUAACAGAUAUUGGAAUACUUGAUGAGAAAAAGACACACGAUAUGAAUGAACCUUGAAAUAGGUUGUACAAGAAUGCAGCACUUUACCCCUUUACUUUCAAUGCACUGAGUCCUGUAAGUACCUAGGCUUUGAGUCGCUCCAUUUCAUGAACAUCCUAAACACCAGGGACACAUACAGAUUAGCCCUCAAGGACAGACACACAAUGAAGCCAUUAGUACUGACUGAUUAUGGAUUCAGCUUGUCUUUUCUGCUUUUGCGUCAACUCCGGAGAUGAGCGGGGAAGAGGCAUCUCUAAAGGAUCUCAGCUUCCCAGAGUCACGAUUACAGUAAAAUUCAACAAACAUUAUCACCCGAGUCCCAUAGAGAAUUUAAUUCCAUAUUAUGUAUUCAGAAAUAGAUGAUUUACAUUCAUAUGCAGAUAUCAAGUCUUUUCCCACUACAAGCAGUGUGCCCUGUACAGCUCCAGUUUAGGCCGGGUACAAGUGCCUCAAAAGGUGGGGAGUGUGUUAGCUAUUCACUUUCUUCUCUUUGAUUUGAAAAAGCAGCCCUCAAGCAUGCUAUCCUAACCUUCAACCUUAUGGUAAUCACUUUUUACUGAAUGACUUUAUUCUUUUCAACAUUACAGAGUCAAAAAGCUUGCCCCUCUGAACGGUGGCGCUGGAGCCAAAUGCAAAUAUCAGUACCCUGACAUCCUCAACAGUGAUGCUGACAAGCUAAAUUUAGAAAAGGGGAUAUUUAGGGAUGAUCCAAAGCAGCUAAUCUCCUGGUUAUUUGAAAUUUUAAUUCUGACCCAUCAACUGGCCAACAGUUAAAAAUCACAGUAUCAUAGAGUCUCUGCAGGGAUGUAAUGUCAUUGGGUCUGUCACCAGUAAUGUUUAAUGACCUGCAAAAGGAGCAAAGCUCUGAGCUUUAGCUGAUUUGUUUUCAAAACCUUUGCAUGUGCAGAAAAAUGUGCAAGCAUUUCAGAUAGUUACUGCCGAUGUAGCUACCUGUAACUAUAACUAUCUCACCACAAUUCAUAAACGCAAACAGAGCCAUGGAUGCUGCACUGAAGUGUUCACUAUUAUUUAUGAUUUUGUUAAUUUGAGGGUAUUUGUCCAUCAAAUGAAAAUCUUAUUUGAUUUUGUCUCUUUCCAAGUCUGUUGCAUAAAACUAAAUACAGUAUAUAUAUCAUCUGCAUUUACAGCAGCAUGAGAGGCAUUAAAAUCUUUAGUUUCCCAGCGUAUUCUUUGGCAAGUCAGCAUAAAUCUUGUCCCCUCUGCUGGACAGACCAACCUAAAGAGCCUGAUUUUCAUGGCUGACCUAGCAUGGUUGGUAUGAUAUUGUGAUGAUGUUUCUGCACAAAACAGGUGAUGUUGACACCUGUUUUGUCUGAGAAUCUCGACAAAACAAAGAUCAUUUUCUUGUGAUAGCGUUUUAGCCGACGUAAAAUGGUAACUUUUAAAAACAACGGCCAGACUGGGAUAUUUCUGAAACACAGCAUCCAGCCACCUUUUUCAGCAGCAAGCCGGGGUUUGCAAUGAAAGCGCUGACAUCAUACUACACUACGGGCAUGCGCAUUACACUUUCAGCAAAUUGAACAACCAAAGUAACAAUGGUGGACACAUUAUUAAAGAAUUUGUUAAUUUGUUAUGUCAAGAUUACGAGAUAAUAAGUCGUUAUCAGUAGAUAAUAGUUAGGGUUGUCAAAAGCGUAUCAGGAAACGAUAACUAAUCUGCCAUGGUAUUGAUACUAUGGUGCGCAUGCCUGCAGCGCGCACUGCGCGCACUCUGCAAGCAGCGCAGCCGACCCGGCAGACAGUGUCCGGCAGUCCGCAGAGCUCUCACUGUGACCCGCUUGCUGUCCCAUGUUGUACUGCUGCUAAGUAUAACCAGUGUUUCAAAGUGGUGGCAACAAAAUCGAGUAGCAAGACGAAUUUGUCAAACCACCUCAAGGACCAGCACCCUUCAUGACGAAUUCCGGCAGGUUAGUAAAGCUCUCGUUCAUCCUUUACCUUACUGUAUUAAACUGAUUAAUGAUGUUAGUCUGGCCGGUGAUCAGCAUUGGUAGCCAUGGUUAGAUUUAUGCUGAGCGAAUGUUGUUUGUUUUGUUAUUAGCCAUUAGCCGCGAGCCCCUGGCUAGCAGCUUGCUAACGUGACUCAAACAGGUUUUCUUCUCUUAAAGAUUAGACUAAAGCAGAGAGAAGUCGACCUGCAACUAAACCGAAGAAACCACAGCUUACUCUUCCACUGCUGUAUGAAAAACAGAGAAAGUAUGACCCAAAGUCUCCUGAAGCUGUCAAAACAAACAGAGCUGUAGCAGAGUAUAUCUCUUAGGACCAACGACCCAUUUACACAGUGAAGAAACCUGAGUUUUAAGUGAAAAAGUGAUUUUCUUUUUCAAUAGUUUUUAAAAUAUUUUUCAUUUUCUGAUUAUUUCAUAAUUUUAUUUAAUCAAUUAAUUAUCUUUGGUUCUGUUUUUCAUGUUAAUAAAAAUAUUUUUUAUGCCUUUUAUAAUAUUUGUCAUUUUUUAUCCCCGUGGUAUCGAAAAUAGUAUCAAGUAUCGAGUAUUUUCCUGGGUAUCGAUAUCGAGUUUGAAAUUUUAGUGUCUUGACAAGCCUAAUAACAGUACAUAAAAAAAGAAAAAUCCAUGGCUGUUCUCGUCUUCCGUGGUUUUGUUUUGAAGAGUGCCUUUUUUUUCUUGCUUUUCUCUGUACUGCGACAGCCCCUUUUUAGGUAUCACUCCUUUACUCAUUCCAGCAAUGUUUUAUUCUGCAGUUCUUUAUCCUCAUCUACAUGGAGGUCAGAGUGUGAAGUUAGCAGUAGUCAAAGCAGUGCAUUUUAAGUAGCUUCUAUUAACUCCUCGACCAGUUUUUCUGCAGACAAACUCAUUAGAAACCCUGCAUUGUAGCAGAAACCUUUACCAAUUAUACUCCUUUAACUUUCUGUUUUACACCAGUAGUUUGCUACUGCAAAAAUUUAAAGGGAAGCUGUUUCAUAAGUGGAGCUCUCUUCUCUCCGCGAGUGCUGAUCAAACUGUCAGACCAACUACACCGACUAGAACUACAUGUGAUUGUUUGUCAGUGGUUACUGUGCUUCGAGUGGCCUUCACUGACUGAAAUAAUGAACCUGUCAUUGUAGACAAGUCCAUAUGGAUGUGCCAGAGCAGUCAUAAAAGCAAUGACAACACGCAGUAUGACAAAAUGGAACAUCUGGAUACUUGAAGUUGUGCAUUUGUGCGUGUCUUGAAUGUACAUUUGCAGCCACAUAAUUGGAUGUAGAUGCACACGCUUACUUGCAUGAGUCACAUAAAUACAUGCACACAUAUGGGCAUAAAUAGAUAAAUACAGGAUGCCUCAUGAACUCUUUCUUUAACUGCAGUAUAGGUUGAUCGACCCUGGUGCCAUAACAACCUCAUAUCUCAUCUUCCACUCUAUGAAAUCUGCAGUGCAGGGAAGACACUGUAUUAACAUUUAUUGCAUGAUGCCAGACCAGCUUUCCCUUAUAGCAUGAUGAUGGUGAAACAAGGAAAUAUGGGCACAGCAGUGUGGGUGUGUUUUCAGAAGGCGGUACAUCUGUAGCUCCUUCUGUAUGCAGGUAUUUGUUGCUCUGCCAGCAGGGACUUAAUCAAGUGUCACUGCAGUGAAAGGAAGUAUAUUUAUGUGUGCAAACCUAUUUGUAUCCGUGUGAGAAAAGGGAGAGAUUUAACAACGUUUCGCCCCAGGAAAUAAAUUGCUUAUUUUUAUGCUGUGAGGCUGUUGACUCAAAAGAACAGUUUGGUAUCAUAGGAGAAAUUCUUAUUAAUGUCCAUGUUUGUGCUAAAUGUAAAUCCACAGCCAUCAGCCAGUCAGCUUCACUUACCAUAAAAAGAGGAAAUAUCUCGACUGGCUCUGGCUAGAUGCAAUAAAUUCCCCUUUCAGUUCUUGAUAUGAAGACUGAUAAAUGCAUAUUCAAAUGCCACAGUGACUCAGGUACACAACAGGGUCUUCUUUUCCUUAAAGUCUACUAGAAGAAUGGCUUAAAAUCCACUUUUAGGAGGUCAAGUCUUUGUGUUUUUGUGGCAUCCAGUGGCUGAUUUAGUGUAUCUUUCAAAGACUGGCUUAAUGCAGUCCUUAAAAAAUGAAUGAUGAUGAAUGGUGAUGAUUAAUGUAUAAAUAUAAGCGAAAUAGUGAUAAUUGUGUUGUUAACUGACUACAACAAAGACUGGCAUCUUAUGUCAACGAAGCAGACACUGGAUCUGCAAUCAGCUGAUCUAUAAAGGUCCAAUGACAAGCCAGAGCAGCCUUAGACACUAAGGGCUCUAUUUUCGUGCCCGCCGGCGGCUCAGUGGAGGGUGGUGGACCCCGCGCAGUGGUAUUUUCUACUAGUGGAGCCCGGUGCACAGUCAGUUUGGUAUUUCCAUGGACUGAGGUGAGAAGAUUAUGUGAGCUUAUGUGAUUGGCGAAAACAGGUCUCGGCUGUGUUAAACCCACUCUACGCCUUAUCCCCUCCCUCUCUACAACCUAUGCCACUGGGAGGAGCUGAGUUAGGAAGGGGGGAUACUUACGCUGGGCUGUGCCACUCACCAAAAUACCAAAAUGUGCUUGGGCACGCCUUGUCGGCGCGGCAGACCUGACUGACGCUGUACCUAUGCCACGCCGCCGGCGAGGCACGAAAAUAGAGCCCUAAGACACACCUCACAGACUGCAUACUGCACAAAAUCUGAAAGCAAGGAACUGUUUUGAAUAGUUUUAUCCUAUUUGGCUUGUUGCUGUAUCAGUGUACCAACCAUUUUUGAGCUUCAUUGACACAUACGGGGUCUUUUUUUCAAAUGUAACUGUUACAAUAUCAUUUUUAAGUGAUAUUGUGAUGUAGAUGUGGAUGUAGAUGUGAAAAUUGUCCAUCUGUUUUAUUUAGUGUUUUUUUUUUUAUUUCUUUCUAUCUAUGGGAACGUUUUAGUGCAGGAUGUUGGUCCACUUCACAGCAACCCACUUCUGUGUAGAUGUAAAAGGCUCUUUGUAAGUUAACAAGAUGCAGUUUUUUUAAUUUUCAGGGGAUUUUACAAUAAUUUGAAUACAGAUAUGAAUAUUUCAUUCCAUUUUACCAAGUCUGUUCUGCUGUAGGCUACUUAAUACUACACAUUGAGCCUUUGAGCCUUGUAUUAAACCAGAGACACGUGGGUUUGCAAUGACUGAAUGCUUGUUCAUGUAUUUGGGUCUUCACUGUUGAGGUCAAUGUGAAGCAUAAGCAUAAAUAUAGAAAGGGAAGACCAAUAUGUCGAUUUGUGGUGACAAGACAAGUGUGCGCUCAAUAUGUCCUGUAAAACUUACCAUGAUGAGAGGAGGAGUUCAAAAGAAACUGCAGCUAGCACCAUCUAGCUGUACAAUAAUCCUGUUUUCUGCCAUGUUUGUUUACUCUAAAAUCCUGUUUGACCGUGAUAUUGUGUGAGGUAUCCAGUUUUGAGAGUCUGAAGUCUGUUCGUUGAUGAUUGUGCUGUGUCAGCCAUAUCCUUGCACUUCACACACUGAGAACAAAACGGUUAAAUCGGUCAGUAUUAUAAUCAUACGUGGCGUUAAAUUGUUGAGUGUGGGCCAGUUUUAAGAAGUGCUGAUAGACCAAUACUUUGACAUUGAUUAUUGGCACCUAGUGCAAUCAAUAAGUGGGGCCGAUGUCUAAGUAGAUGAAAGCAGCAGUAACAAUGAGUGUAAAGAGACAGAAGUGCUGAGCUUUUAAACCUGAGUCAGUAUGAUAAAGGAAUAGACAGAUACUCUCACAUUCCCACUGAACCUGCUCCACUUUGUUCAGGAAGUUCUUGAGUCAGCUUUUUUUUCUCACUUUUACAGACAGUUGUAAAUGCUGUGAAAGACUUACUUUUUUCACUUUUUGGGCAGCACCAGCAGGAUUUCCCCAACAGGUCCUCUUGGCGAUGCAGGAAUAGCCAAGAAAGCACCUUUUUUAUAUGUUCUUAUUUAAGAGAACCUGACAGUCGUGGUUAUGUUUGACACAUAUUGCAUGUCUCUCAAACAACCCAGGUGACAUUAAGAUAUUCAGAGUACAUCCUGGAGUGCUUGUAGUUGCUCUGAUCCAACUCACACCGACGUAGGAUGUGAAGAGUCACAUAACAGCGAGAAAUUACUUGGACUUUUUUCACCUGAAGUAUCACUGAUUCAAAGGGAAAACAUGCAAACAGUAGAGAGGAGGAAAUUACUGAAAUACUUGAGGGUGUGGAUUUCAACAGCAAGCCCCCUCUUCAUUUGAGUGUCGAGAGAUUUCAGCUGUUUUAUUGUUCUCAAAUUGCUCCCAAAAUGAAGCCAAACACUCUGGUCACCCUCCAUUACCUUCCUGUCUUCUCUGCUGGGAAUUGUUUUGAAACAGUCAAAUCUGAGGUUUCAAGUGUAAAUGCAGUUUUUAGUGUGCAAAUAGAAAUUAAAUCUCCAAUAAUAUGUGACUAAAACACCACCUUACCACCACUCCCCUCCUCUCUGUCUUUUUCUCUGUUGAUUGCAUUUACUUAUUUGGGUGUAAUGGCCCUUUUUUUGGAAAUGUUCCACUCAGUACGGAAGGCACCUAGCUUGGGUGUUUGGGAUUAUUAUGUUAACCCUCAGCGGAUUUGUAUUUAUCUGUCAAUUUCACCCAAUUUCAUACUUACUAUAACAAUCGAGGAGGGUUCACCCAAUCUUUGCUGAGUGACUUGAUUUUAUAUCCUCCAUAUUUUUCCAACAGAAUGAGAAUUACUGUGGGUGCAGGGCCAAGUUUGGCAGUUCACUGCUUGUCACUCCAUCCAGAAGUCUCUCCAAGAAUAAUUUGCUGACUGGCGUAAAUAUUUUCAGCCUUAAUGCACAAUCAGGAUUGGGAGGCUAAAUAUAGCAGGCUUAAGUGUUUCUAGAAAUAGACUGCAGGGAGUCAGGGAGGGUAAAAGAAAGACAAUGACACAAAGUUUAGUCCCAGAACAGUGAGUACAGAAAAGAACUUAAUCAUGCAGAUCCAAACCUGGUUUUACUUUAAUGAAGAAGUUGUGUAAAUGCUUUGCGUCAAAGAGGAAAUGAAUCAAGCUCAACUCGAUCAAAUGUGGAAAGAACCAAGGGGUCAAAAGCUGUUCUGUUUAUCCUUAUCCAGCUGCUGUUUCCACACAGCACCCCAGCAUGGAUUAUCCUCUCCGCUCAGAGUACACAGAGGUUCGGCCAGCCCUAACAGAGGCAGCCUACCACACCGAAUAUUUCCCUUCUGAUGUAGCCAAUUUAACACCUGGUUUUUCCCAACAGACAGAGGUCAAAGUAAAAGAGACAGAAGAUCGAAGCUUGUGGGUUUGAGCACGUCAGGGUCCAGCAGCUUCACUUCAUCUUUACCCCCAUGACACGUUCACUGUUCUCGGUUACCUGUAGUUUUGUGGUCAGUGUCAGAGCAAAAAACAGAAAAUGCAUCUCCUUGGUGACAAGAGAAAGCAGGCUUGCUGACAUUUCUGCAGAAAAUGUUGUUGGUUGUUUACCAUUAGAGAAGUUGGUGAGGAAAAAAAUCAUUAAAGAGUGUAGCCACAGUUAAUCAUGAGGGACAGAGCUACAGUGUGAGGUGCAGAAUGAAGGAUUUUUGAACUCAGGAGACUGAGGCUGCAGUAAGUUUUGAGAACUGAAGUUUUUCAACCACACUACAGGUUCAAUACAGGAGCUCCAUUUUGAGUAAGUUCAUAGUAGAGAUUUGGUUCUUACUGCCGCUAUUUCAAAAUUGCAUGUAAACUAAUAAUUGCAUGAGUACAUGUAUGUAUGGGGGUUGUUUGUAAAUAAGGAUGGGAAUCAAGAUUUCUCACCAUGGGAUAAAAUGAUUUGAUAUGAUAUUAUAUGACAUGACAUGACAUGACAUGAUAUGAUAUGACUUGACAUGACAUGACAUGAUACGACAUGACAUGACAUGAUAUGAGAUGAUAUAUGAUAGGACAUGACAUGACAUGAUACGACAUGACAUAUGAUAUGAUAUGACAUGACAUGACAUGACAUGACAUGAUAUGAUAUGAAAUGACUUAACAUGACAUGACAUGAUACGACAUGACAUGACAUAAUAUGAUAUAUGACUUGACAUGAUAUGACAUGACAUGAUAUGAUAUGAUAUGAUAUGAAAUGACUUGACAUGACAUGACAUGACAUGAUACGACAUGACAUGACAUAAUAUGAUAUAUGACUUGACAUGAUAUGACAUGACAUGAUAUGAUAUGAUAUGAAAUGACUUGACAUGACAUGACAUGACAUGAUACGACAUGACAUGACAUAAUAUGAUAUAUGACUUGACAUGAUAUGACAUGACAUGAUAUGAUAUGAUAUGAUAUGAAAUGACAUGACAUGACAUGACAUGAUAUGAUAUGACUUGACAUGACAUGACAUGACAUGACAUGAUAUGAUAUCUGACCAAAGUUACACAAUAUGAUACAAUGGGAUAUUAUUGGAUAAAAUAGGAUACAAUAGUUUUUAAUGCUAUAUCUGGCGGAAGGUAUACAAUACAAUAUGAUAAGAUAUGAUCUGCUACGAUACGAUACGACACAAUACGAUACAAGGGUACAAUAUACAUGUCCCACAAUAUACAGUUAUCACAUGACAUAGUGAUUCAGUCAUACCUCAUAUAUUGUAAGACAACUACAUAUUGAUAUAUUUUGUCACCCCAAUCCCUUGUUAAAACCCGUUUUUUUCUGCAGCUCCCUACCACAUAACUAUAAUUUAUUAAGAGGAGUGGAUAUCAGGCUGACAUUUACAAGUUUGCCAGAUGUUUUACAUGAACAUCUGUUUGAGAUUCACAAUGUCACCUUCAAAUUAAAAACAUUCAUGUGUAGUUCUUUUAUAUGCCCUUAUGGACAAUAUAAUAUUUUAGUACACAUUUUCAGGAGUAGUUAAUGGUUGCAUCAGAGGCAUAGCUCCCCAGACUUUAUGAACCUCCAUAGAUUGUAUGUACAUCCAAACAUGUGCUUUAAUAGCAUUAAUUUACACCUUCCCUAUCUACAUCUUUCUCACCCUGUCCCCUAUGCUUGUGUGCAAGCUCUGGGUAAAUAAAUAUAUAAACAUCAAUCUAAGAUUACCCUGGUGACAUAACCAUGGGUCAUUAACUCAUACUUGAUUAAGCUUCCUUUCAGAGAAAGACUAGAUGUUAUCUAACAAGUGUUUUCACAAGUGGAGCAGUCCCCCUAGACUAGUAAAGUGACUCUGAAUCAGCAAAGUUUCACCUUAAACAUUACAGGUGGUAGUAAAAUGAUCAUUAAAACUAACUCUGAUGCUUCUGAUUUUAAUGAUACUCUCAGAAAACUUGUUAAUUUUUACACCGGUUGUUAAGGAGGGAUUCGGGAAACAUUUGCUGUUCCCUUAAUGCUCAGUGUUCAAAGUCUCUCUUAAAUUACUCCACGUAGAAAAGUUGUCGCCGUGUAAAAGCCCCCGCUUGUGUACUCGUGAACUGCAUUGCUUACUGUCAGCCUUUUUUCCUGCAAACACAUGAUAAAAGUAUCUGUGGUGUUAGACCAUGUGUAAGGAUUAUGUCCUCAAAGGGAGCACGAUUGUUGGAAAAGUAUCCAGCACUGCUGACAGUUGUGAUUGUUAGCAGAGCUGCAGGUUUUAUAGCAUGCAGUGCCUCCGGUCUAAUGACCAGUUCCCUUUAGAGCUCUUGUUGUGCUACACAGCUGCACUGCUGGUGUAAUAUUCUUAAUGCAGCUGUAAAUCCUAUUACUGUUCUUUUCAACAAUUUGUCAAUCACUCUGGUGAUGGAAAAGUGAUGGAAGUGUGGUGCUUGGAGUCAAAAAUCUUCAUCUGCAUCUUACUCUCUCUCUCUCUCUCUCCGUUUUUUAAUCUGUUUUAAAAAAAAAACCCUUUCACUUCUCUUUACAACCACAAAUUCAAAUGCUUUCCCUUCACUGAUUUAGUGUGUAUAUAAAGGCUAAUAUUCUGCUAAUCCCCCCUCAAAAUUGCGUUAUUUCUAAUCUUCAAACCAUGUUAUGCUAUCUGUUAUUGUGCUAAUGUGGCAAAGCAGUUCGUUUCACAUUCCUCCCCUGAAUCCACUUGUGUUUGUAUUGGCCACUACCUAAAGUGAGGUUGAGUGCAGUUUAUCACCCCACUGGGUAAAAUUGUAGUCCAUCGUUGGCAUAGAAAAGUCUGUGAGCCAUUGAUUCCCCCUGGGCCGGCUGGUACAGAUGCAGAGUGGUUGUGGAAAUUGAAACAGGAGCCCGCUACCUCUCAUAAUUCCAUGACAGCGAAAUGAAACAGUAUCUCAAGAAAGCAAUCAGAAUCUCAAAUUACCUUUCUUGUGAAGGUAUUGUUUGCAGAUCAGCAGAACUGUCCUCGCUCCGUCCCUUUACACCAUUGUCUCCCUCCCUCUCUUGCUCGUUCUCUCGGGCGCUCUGCGUGCAGUAAUGAGUGGCAGAGAGGCGAUGUUGUGUUGAUUUAUUGCAUGGUUGCUCAAAUGGAACCUGGAUGGAAUGUGUCUGUCAUUGGGCCAUCGCUUGGAUAGAAACACCUGUGAUGCCCAGGGACAGCUAACUGCUCCAUCAGGAAUUGCUUCACCCCAAAGCCAUCAGUGCAUCUUACACACACACCAAAGACAGACACACAUGAACACUCUAAAGUUACACAAAUAAAUGCACAAGGAGGGAAAAAAGUCAUUCACUCAAAAUGUGCCUAGAAUCACAGUUAUCAUAUGUAUCGACUGCUAGAGGUGCAGCAGACUUUAAUUAAUAUCCAGACAAUUAAGUUUGAUAGUUUUGGAGUAGCUGUAAAUUUAGUUCUUACCAAAAAUCCAGAGGGACAUCAGGCAAUAUUUUGAAUAGGACCUCCAAUAUCCAACAACUCAUUUGCUACCAUAAUAAAGCAGCUAUAGCUGGUAUAGGCGACCUCUAAUUUCAAAUUUCUGUUAGUUUAAGAUAGCUAUGAAGUAUAUUAACGAUUACCAUAUGCUGGCUAGGAUUAUUAGCUUUUCGUAGAGUACUGUGAAGUACUCUACUUCGCUGCCCGGCUGUACCACAUGACUGAUUCAAGAAAUGGUUCGCGGGUUUGGCGGAUGAUUUAACAGGCAGCGGAACACAAUGGAGCCCCCCCUUCUCAAAAUCCAUCCCACUGAGCAAUAGACGGCUAUUAGACGUCUUUUUUUUUUUAGACCUAAUUUCAACUAUCUAGAUUCUGUAUAUUUUAAGACGGAUUUUAGACGUUGCACUUUAACCCAUUAUUCAAUAACUAUUUAUUUCAAAAAGCAUCUGUGAGUUGCAUGACUGAUCUCCAAGUACUUAACCAAAAUAAUUAUGAUAGACGUCUAAAAUCUUUCUUUUUUAGACCUGUGGUAGCCUGAUUUUAGGCCAGUUGUCUAGGCUACAUUUAGACGUCUAUUUGACCACUUUUAGACCAAAAAACACUCACCAUCACUACUGUGAAGCACUGUCAAACUGUAAUAGCAGCUUUCUACCUAGUAGCUGUUGAUUGAGUCUUAAUAACACGCCCACACAUGCACCUUUACUUCAGAUUUUUUAUUACAUUAGAUGACCGGGGUGGUGUUGGCAAGUUUAAUGCAUACAUAAUCCAACCCUGACUACUCCUAGCGCAUAUGACUUACAACAUAGAGCACAGCAGUACGAAAUUAUACUGGAGGAAAACAGCAACUAUGUGAAUAUGGAAAAUCACCCACAGUGCAACUCAGAAAUCUGGGGAGCUAACACAGCCUCAAGACACUAGCCCCAAGCAGAGAUGGGGAGCAGGCAAGCGAGAUCUGGAAACCACAUUUCUGUUUAAACCUGUAUAAAAUCUGAGCACAAAUUUAUGUUUCUGUCCUAAUUUUUGCAAACUUCACAAAAGUCAACUUAUUUUUCAACCGUCCAUGAGGUCACAAAUGGCUUUUUCAACCAAUGCAGACUUUCAUAUGCAAAGCUAUGCAGAGUUUACCUUCCACUCUGCUCAGGAGACUUUCACUCCCUGACUUUUGCCUUCAGGGUAGCGCCUCCAGGUGAUGGGUGUAUCGCCUGGGGUAAAGAGAAGUGUCCUCUCCUGAAUACAUCAAGAAAAACAGUCCUUUUCUCAAGGACUGAAAAAACUUUAUGCAUAGCUUAUCCUGCAUACCCACAGCUUUACAGCUAUCAAGCUGGGAGGAAUUUUCCAACCCUGUCUAAAAGCACUGUUUGAAGACCAAUGUGUGAAGACCAUGACAAGUAGAAAGAGGAAACACCCCAUGACAUUGGUAAUCAAUGUCAUGGGGUGUUUGCACUUUUGACAACUGUAAUGAUUGGAUUUCAAGCCCUAUGUACAGUCGAACUGGAAACAGUCAUUUGUGAGUCAGUCUAUAUCGUGAUGUACACAACCGUCAACCCCUUUAUGAACACAGGGUUACUCAAAGGAUGGGGGGUGGGGUUGUGGGGGGCAUGGUUUACAGGGUGAUGGAGUAGCACCUGUCUCGGGAUCAGCCUUGUGUCCUUGUCAUUGUUUCCCAGGGGCGUUCUGGAGGGAGGAGGAGAAAAGGAGGAGAGCAGUUAACAGCUUGACCAAUGGAUUAGAUGAAAACACACACACACUCACACACUCACACUCACACCCAGAGUCAUAAACAGGGUUCUCAAAUCCAUCACUGUGAACAAAGGUGCAAAAUGAAGUGAAAAUCUCUCCCAGCAGCCAAAUCCCCAGCUGUCCUUUUAAAGCAGAAAUCUUGAUGGUAACUUUUAUUUGGUUUGGCGCAUCUGCGAGUGUAAAGACAACCAGGGUUAAUACUAAUCAAAAGAAGGACAGAUGUGUUGAGAGGAAGAUGGAUGUAUGAAUAAACAGAUUCAUCCCCAAAUAAGUGCUCUUCUCUUUCAAUGCCAGACUACUCCGUGGGUUGGAAAUAAAAAACAAAAUUUUAGUCCUUAAAAAAAAAAAAAUGAUAAUCACAAAUUCAAUGCAAUUCAAGAUUAUCAAUGUAUUUCUGAAUUGUAAUAAAAGCCAAUUUUGGAAUAUACAGUAAAUGAAAAUACAAUAAAUCGUAUGCAUGUGCACGUGCUGAAGUUGCAUAUAAAGGCAUAAAUAUGCUUUUUUUCAUAUUCAGUAUUUGAAAUAAUUAGAUGGAUUUGAACUUCGCCAAAGUAAAUGAAGGACGUUAUCCCUGUCUUUUAAACCAUGUGACAAGCUAUACACAAGAAAUGCAUACAUUUUGGUGCUCAUUAGUUUGAUUCAAAAGCUUGAAACAAUGUAUAAAUGGUCAAUGUUUAAAGUAGGCUAAUGGCUAAAUGACAUGUCUUCCAAACUGGUAAAUAUUCAUAUAUAUAUAUAUAUAUAUAUAUAUAUAUAUAUAUAUAUGUAUAUGUGUGUGUAUAUAUAUUGUGUGUGUGUGUGUGUGUGUGUGUGUGUGUGUUUUAUAUAUAUAUAUAUAUUGUGUGUAUAUAUAUAUAUACAUAUAUACAUAUAUGUAUAUACUGUAUAUAUAUAUAUGUGUGUGUGUAUAUAUAUAUAUAUAUAUAUAUACAUACAUAUAAACAUAUAUAUAUAUAUAUAGAUAUAGAUAUAUACAUAUAUAUAUAUAUAUAUAUAUAUAUAUACAUAUAUAUCAGUUAAUAAAUCUUGAACAUAGAGGUGGUGUUGAUGAACUCGCUGACACUGAGACUCAUGUGCUUGGCCUGCUUGAUCCGUCCUUGACCAAAUCACUGUAUCCCUCUCUGUAUCAAGAGCUUCUCUACAGCUGCUUCUCUUAUGGAGAUCAAUAAUGCAUCACAUGAAUCAUCAGUUCACCCACAAGGGCAGCGAUCACACUGUUCUGUAAUCAGUAUCAUCUUUUCAAGUCCAUGAACUCAGCAUAAAAGGAUACUACGUACUGAACACAACCAUAUGAACAAACAUUAGUAGGGUUGGAUCUUUUAUUCAAGGACACUUGGACCGUUGACGUUUGGGAUUGAAGUGGGUUUUGGAUUAGUAGAUUUUUUCCGCCAAGGUUUCUUAGUCAUGGAUCAUAUUUUUUUUCAGUGUAUUGUCAUGCUAUCAGCUUCUUUGAUGAAUACAGGUCAAGGACAGGCUUUAUUAGCGCCUGUCUGAAUGUGAAGGAUGUUGUGUUCAGCUCACCCAGAUAAAUAACAGAAAAAUCGUUAUUCGUGUCACUUAGUGCAACAUCGACACCAGAAAAAGUCCUUUUCUUUCCCCCUUUUCCCCAACAGACUAGUCCAGUGGAGUUCUGUGCAGCUGGUAUUGGUUGUUGCAUGACACUGGGGUACACAUCAUUGCUAAUCGCUGUUCGGGGCACAGACCCAGCUCACUGGCCAUGACACCCAGGGUGGGGAGAAUCCUAUCAGUCCCCAGCAGAUCCUGGGGCCUCUUCUUUUCACAGCUACUGUCCUGUGUAGCCGGGCUGUCAUCCGCGGGGUCAACAAAGCCCUGACGAGCGGGUAUUAGCUUUAAAGCUGAUCUUUACACUUACGUUUGAUCAAAAGAGGUUUUCACAUUGACUUGCUCGAGCCCUAUUUUUGUAUAGUCCAGUAUGUAAGUUUGUUUUGGACUUGAAGCUGGCUGAGCUGUUCGACUGAAAACUGCAGACGCACGCUAAAUAUAGGACACUGUGAGAGUAUGAAAAAGACAAUCAUCCCUGCCAAAAUUGUUCUUUAGCUAUGAUUGAAAGAGCUUGAGGUAAUCAAACAGUGGAAAAUCUUUCCUUUUUUCUUACACCGUCUCUUGACUUCCUUCCCUGCCUGCCUCUCCAAAUCCAUCUACAGUUGUGCAUGGUGUGAUUAAUGGCAGCCAUUCAUUAGCUUGAUCAACCGCUUUAGCAGAGAUUAUUAAUCAGAUGCUUAUUUAAAUGUCACCGCUGAGCAGCUGAGAGGAAACGAGGCCACUGGGAAAUUGGGUUUUUGUGUGUAGGCUAUUCAUGUAUGUGCAUGUGUGUGUGUGUGAGUGAGUGUGGACUCCCUUUGGUUGCUGAAAUAACGCCACACACUGGGAAUCUCACUCAUGUGCUGUUUGACAUACGUUUGGCUCAGCAGCUGAUACUGGUAGGAAGCGUAGCAAUGAAGCCUAAUGUUCAAUAACAAAUGAGAACUUAUUCUUAUGUUGUACUGUUAUUUUAAAAGCAACGCAGCACAUCUGGGACUGUGUAUUUCAUGAAAUUGAUGUUUCCUGAGAGCUGUUUGAGUUAUGAGUGCUUCCUUUGCUUUUCUAAUAAAGGACAGUUCCCCGAUAUAGAGCUGAAAGGGCCAAUUAGGGCCUACUUAUCAUUUGUUUCUAAACCAAAAAACGAAUGAUUAUUCGACCGUGGAGUAAAUCUGUGCUGCUGUUAGCAAGCUACUUUUGUGCUUCUGUGUUUUUUUCAAUCAUGGGAUUCCUCAGAGAAGCAUUCUCGGGCCUAUUUUAUUUGUAAUUAUACAUUCUUCCUCUUCAACUUUUUUUAUGCAGAUGAUACGAAACCAUACAUAUCUGUGUUACCUUAUGAUCGUAAUGCAGUGCUGUUUUUUCCUGUCUCUCUGACACUGAAAAAGUAACUAGGGUCUUUGUCCACCCUAUACUGAUUUUUGUGCUGAGACUGCCCACAACCUCAAUUUCAGAGCACUUCUCAUUGGCACAUAUACUAAGUUGUCCUGAGUGCCUCAGUAUUUAAAAGUAGUGACAACAGAUUCUGAUUUAAAUUCCUUUGUUUUGUUUGAUUCAUUGGUGUAUUAAAAUACACAUUAAAACCAAUUAUUCUAAUGACAAAAUGUUGUCUUAGCAUUAGCAAAAAUUCAAGCCUCGAAAAUUUAAGCAAGUGAGAUAAAUUUCUCCUCUAAUAAGGUUGAUAUCAGGACUCCCGCCUCUUCAUUCCCAUUGGUAGUGAUGUUAAUGAGUACAGUGGUGUCUAAAAAGGUUGAAUUAUUAAACUACUGAGAGCACAGAGACUAAAAUCAGUUGAUGCUAGGGACACUGAGCUCUGAAAGGACUAAACUACAUUUGAUUUAAAAAGAAAACAGGCAGUGCUACUGUAAAAAUAAAUAAAUAAAAAACAGGAUCAGUUAACCUUCAGACCCUCAAAAUAAAAUGUUAUUCAUAAGAUCUAAAUCAGUCACAGAUUAACUGUACUUAAUGCUUGGAGUUCUAAACAAGCAAAUUACAACAAAUGUUAUGAACCUCCGAGUGUUUCCAGAUUCUGAUUUAAGAUUUUAAUCUUCAUGUUAACACCAUCACAAGAGUUUCGCAAACAUGGAUCAACCGUUUCUAAUUUUAGAAUGUCAUUUCCUUUCACACUCCACAUUUUCUAUUCUUCUCUCAAGUUAUCAUUUAAAUAAAUACUAAAAAGCCUAAAUAUGAAACCGGGGGGGUGUCUUUUUGCUUUUUUUUUUCCUCACAGCACUGGUCAGUAUUUUAAUCUAUUUUUCUAACAGAAGGUUUAUGUCUGCUUUACUGAGUUUUUUCACCUUUGAAUUUUUUUUGUAUGUCUACCCAUUCUUGCUGUUAUUUUCUGUCUUGUUGUUGCUAUGCAAAGCAGGCUGAAUGCCUUAAGUAGGCUAUAAAUACAGCUGAGUACUUUUGCUUCCAGGGAAUAUUCGGCCAUAACUCCUGUUAAUUGUGGUAUUCAAAGUUAUUGCUUAAUUUCUUCCUCGUCUUGUCUUUCAUAUACAGGUGUACAGCUGCUGUGCAUUGGUGUUAUUGUAGUUCUUGUCAGGAUUAGUUGUGUAAGACUUCAAUAGUGUUUGUCUUCUUUGAAGAGCUCAAUAUGUGCAUAUGUGAAGCUGCAGGGCGACUUAAAGCCAGUGUCGCAGGCUUUAAAGUGAGCGUUUUCUGUGUUGCAAAGGGCAAAUACAGUAAAGCCUCAGAAGAUUACACACUUAGCCGAGCUUUAUAAGAAGAGGGGAGGGUGUGGCCAUGUGGGGAUGUGCUCUGAAUUCAGCUCACCCAGACUAGGGCAUCAAAAAAAGCUUCAGUGUGAAUACAAUGACAGCAGAGACGGCACAUACUCAGUAUGUCAGUGCUUACAGUGAACUACUGUAGACCUCGGUGUACUUGUUCUGUUUUUUAUUAGUCAGUGUGAUGCUUUCACAAUUUAACCCCUGCUAUCAAAUAAAACCCAACAUGCUGAUCCAAGAGUAAUAAAUAACAAGGUCAAAUCACAGGCUGUGGAAAGAGAACAUGCAAUAUUUAUAGUUCAUCAAUCAUUUUAUCAAUCCCUGUAAUUGAUUGAAUCGAUUAAUCAAGGAGAGCAGUGAAGGAGAGGGGGUGAUUGAUGGCGGUGGGGAUGGGACCCACCUGAUUGAAAUUCAGAAGCCAAAGUCUAAAAAGGUCAAGGGUCGCUAGAGAAGCAUUUAUAGGCAUGGCAGUGUCUUAACGGGACCUUUGUUGCUAUCUUAAGAAUAACCUUACCAGAAGCAUGGGUGUGUUCGUGUGUGUGUACAUCAUGUGUCCCUUCCUCUGAGGUUGCCUGGCCUUGUGAUCGUGGUAGGUUAAGUGAUGCCAAAGCCCAAUAAUAAAUCUCAGACACAACCAGCACAGAUGACCUGAAGGUCACUGUUUCAUUAACUGUCUUCCACUUGGAUUCGAUCUCAUCCCCCACUCCUGUCGACGCUCCUACCUGCUUACUGUAAGCACCUGAGCACCCAGUGGAGAGAAAAUAUGGAGUUACACAUAUUCUGCUUUUACCCAAAGGUGUAUAAGUGACACAGCCAUAAACUUCCAAAUACAUGCAUGCAGUUCAUGCACCUAAAUCCAUUUUUUUUGUUUUAGUUUUUUGGCUUUUGCAGCAAGCCCCAAGUGGGCAUUUGAGGAACUGCAGGUUUUUGCAUUUGCUUUAAUUCUUUGUCGCCGCUUGGGGAAACGUUUGUCUUUGCACUUUUGUCUGAUUAAAAUAAAAAAGUCUUGGAAUAUCUAAUCCACAUCCAUGUGUCUAAGUGAACCCGAAGGAUGUCUGUGUUUUGCUCUGGAAUGGGAAAAGUAACCCACUGGGUAGAAGUAGACAAUUUGACACCACUUCACAUGAAGAGUGGCCAAGUGGUUGGAUUUCUUUUAAGUGGUAAAAGCACAGCACUUCCUCUCAGAAAGAUGAAAUUGUUGCUCACUUCUACUUUGCUGUCCAAGGCCAGAAAAACUACUUGAUUUUAUCUUAAAUGCGUGGUGUUCCUCUCUCAAUGUUUUAGAAACCAAAUGAUUGAAUCUUAGCUGAAAGCAGCAAUUAAUGCCAAGGAAGAGAAGCUCUUAAGGCGACUUUAGGUGACUUUUUUUUUUAGCUCACAUUAAUGUUUUUGUCAGUGGGGAGAUCUCUGGAGAAAGUGAUUUUCUGAAGGAUUUUUUUAAAUAGCCGACAGCUUCUUUUUAUAAAAUAAGUUUUGUUUGGAUCUUCUUGAAUCUUCACACACUAUGUGAUCACAGAUUUAACUCAUGCAGAAACUGUUUUCUUCAACAUCACCCUCUUAACCCCACUGUUUUUGUCUCAUUCUUGAGUAAACAUACAUCCAGCAUCGCCUUCUUCAUACGCCACUUGCUCUCCCAGUCCUGUGCAGUAAUACGGAUGCUCUGACUCAUGUCUAGACAGAAAAAUUAGGGCACACAUACAGACACAAAACUGUGACAUUUAGGCAAGGUGUUCCCGCUGUGCAAUCAAGGCUCAUUUUCCACACUGAGCUCAGCCAGCGGUCACCAUGUCUCAAUCUGGCGAGGAACAAUCAGAUUUAAUGGGAGGCCGCUUUUUUGUGUUUCUUAUUUUCCUCAGGCCGUGCGCUUAAAACGAACGCAGCCUGGAGCUCACAGCUAACGGUGUAUCUUUGAAAGCACAACUUGUGUGGAAUAAAAGGAGAUCAGCAGGGAUGUUCUCAAUGCUGUGGAGGAUUCUUUUCCAUUUCAGACACAAUGCUAUGUCACAGAGCGUCGACAAGGUGACACGCAGUGCUUUAUGAAUGGAAUUUGAGCUCAUAAAUUAAUCCAACACUGAUUAUUCUGUGACUGCUGUAAUAGGUUUCAUUAUGAUAUCCUUUUGUGGAGUUGAUAGUAAGACAGAAUUCUUUGGAGUAAGCCUUGAAUAAGUGACACAGGGGGCUCAUUUCAAUGAUUUUUCCCUUUGUCUCAAUAAAAGUGACUUCUUAUCACAAAUCACAGAAAUUCCAAAGUCAUUUAUGCCAUACUCUGUCUGAGUCGUAUUCCAGUAGUGUGGCUGAAGAAGCUUAUAACCAUCUCUGAGCACAGAUAUGAUGGUGUGACGACGGCAGAGAUUGUUUAAGAGUCAAUUUCUGGCUUGUAUGAAGUCAUCUGAGCAGCUAUAUUGAAUCUUUGGGGAUAAAAGACUAGACUGAUGUUUCACUAGCAAGACAAGGUAACGCACCUCAGUAAGGCCGAGCCUGUUGAUGAAAUUUAUUGCAACAUUAUGCAGAAAAACUGUCUGGAAUCUUUGACAUUUAUUCACGCCGACUUUGAAAACUUUAAAAGACAUUUUCUUUGUUUAUGUGACAAAUUGUUCAGCUCAGUGGUUUUUUUUUUACCAGCGCUCUGAAAUUCAAAGAUUAUCAGCCCAGCACAGUCCAGACUCCAUAUGAAGUGGGAAAGAAGCUUUCUUCUGGGUAUUCUGUCUGGUUUUGGGUUUUGUAGAGAAAUUGACAGGCUUUGAUAAAGGGAGCAGACUUAAAUUUUGUCCCUACCAUCUACAUGCACCCCUCUGUUUACUCAUGAUGGAUUAUCAGGAAUGAUUAUCUAACCCUCCAAGCUAAAAGGAAUAAGAAAAUUUGUAGAUGCUUUGCAAAUGCAGCCAGUGUGUCAGAAAAGAAGGGUAUAGAUGAAUCCAAAACUCUCACUUAAAGGGAUAUUCCGGCAUAAAAUUAAUUUAGAGUCACCGAGUUAGACAACCACCGAAGGGAGAUGAAUGUUGCCGACCGCUUGCUUUUCUAGUUAUACCAACUUUAGUAAUGACCGCACAAUAGCAAUACACAGCGGUCUGAGGAACCAUAAACAAACCUCAGCCAACACACCACUCUAUAGCCACCAAUAAUGCUCAGAACAGCACCUAACUUCAUCAACAGUACAUAUAGGGUCCUAACCACAGCACUAGCUACCAGACAUCUUUUUAGCUUUGCCUGAUUUCUUUAGCAAAGAGACCAAACACAACUCACCGACUCUCUUCCAGCAGCCGCUUGUGUGUAGCGAGACCAGAAGGACAUUUAUGAUCAUUUCUUCAUGAAAAUGCAAUCAGACCGAGACGCUAAGGCAGAAAAACUAUUGCGUCUGCAGAGCAAAAUGAUUAAUAUGGUGCUUAUUACUUAAAUUACUUCCUUAUACCGUUGUGUAUUGCUAUCGUGCGGUCGUUACUAAAGUUGGUCUAACCAAAGCGGUCAGCAACAUUCAUCUCUCGAGGGGGUGUCUAAGUCGGGGUUAUGUUGUGUUUGACCCUAAACUAAUUUUACGCCAGAAUAUCCCUUUAAAACCACACAGAAUUUCCAUAUCACUUAGAUUACCCCUGAAGUCCACAAUGUGCAUUUUUCUGUUCAGCUGUGUAUCUCUCUUAGGUGCUAUCUUAUGCUAAGCUUGCAAGUCUGCCAGCUACCUGUAUGAUGGGUCAGAUGAGGUAAUGGUGCUAGUUGUGAUGGUGACAGCUGCCCCAGUGGUCAUGAAGGAGCAUGUCUAUCACUAUGGAGUAGCCAAAUCUUUGUUUGAACAUAAUGAAAUACCUCUAUCAGCAAUGAUAUAAGUCACAGGCUAUGCCUCAUAUUAGAAACGGUAUAAAAAGUGCUUCUCAUACCACUAAUAUUUCAGUAUUUUGUCUAUUAUUCAUUUAAACAAUGUCAAUAGUAGCCAAAUAAAGCGAACCACUUUGUCAUUUUACCUGCAGACUCUGUGUUCUCGGUUAAAAUAAGGUCAUGUUGUAUAAAUUAUGACAGAUGAUGUGUUUCCUAAGUGUUUGUGUGCCACACAAAUUGGGAAAUCUUGCAUAACUAAAGCUUCAGAUGGAGAUUUAUCAUGCUUAGUAGCUCAUGACUUACAGUUUUGACUUGUCUGCUUGUUUGUAAAAGCUUACAUGGCACAAACAUUUUUAUAAGUAACUGCAAAGAAGACAAUGUUGUGAGGCAUUGGAGGGUAACCGAAUAAUUAAGAUGUGAGAGCAGCAGUUUGUAGUUUUCUCAGCAGGAAGUACCUCAGUGCUUUGUUUCACCUUGUUGUUUUUGUCUCAGUGAGGUUCCUGAUUUUGUAGUCAUGUAUUAAAAAUGAAUGCCCUCUUCUCUCUUCUGCUCUCUUCUCAGAUCCGGACUUUGCAGACUUGGGAGUCCCCCCGCCUCUGCCCUGUAGGUAUACUCCCUCUCUCUCUUUCUGCCUCUGUUUCCUUCCCUUCUUUCUUCAUGUUUAUGUCUCACUUGUUCCAACUGUCUCCAUUUUACCUCUCUGGUUCCUUAAGUUUGACAUAUAUUCUCUGUACUUUAGCCAUCCACAUGUUCGUCAUCCUGUGUGAGUCCACAUGUAUUUGCACAUAUUUGUGUGCAUGUGUUUAUGCAUAUCCGUGUUGUUUCAGCCUGUCAGUAUGACAUGGUUGGACCAGAAGGUAUCGUUGAGUCCCACCAGAUCACCAGAGACGGGAAGGCGGGCGCCACAGAAGCCGUGGACUGUAAAUGGUAUAUCCGGGCCCCGCCGCGCUCCAAGGUGAGUGACACAGGCUAAGCUCACAUCCAACUAUCAAUCGGAAAUUUUAAUCGACCAGCUGAGAGGAUGAUAGCUUAAUGACGACAAAUUAAAAACAGACAUAGAUGCUGCAGGAAAAUAGAGCCUAUCAUUAGAAAACCUCAUUGCAAUUUCGAGUAUAUUUUCUUUUUAAUUCGCUGUUUCCAUUCAGAUUUUCUUUUACUCAUGCCUGGAAAUCAGCGGUUGCAUCAGGACUCUUUGAUGUUUCAUGUGGGUUUGUCGGCAGCUGUCAGCACUUUACCCCGACGUGAGUGUUCGUGUCUUCAGGGGGGACGGCGAGGGGUCAGACAGAUCUGCAGACAGGUUUAUUUGGGGUCAGACCCAUUUUUUUUAAUCAGAGAGCUGUUGCCAAGAGGAAUGGAGGGAUGGAAGGAGAAGGCGAGAAAGAGAGAAAGAGACUGGCUAGACAGAGAGAGAGAGAGAGAGAGAGAGACAGAGAGAGAGAAGCGUUAGCGCUGAUGAAAUAGUGUUGCCAUGCAGUUUGACCCUGAGGUCUGCUCCAACCUGUGUUUGUUUUCCCUGCCAGUGUUCUCCAUGCUGCGUUGCAUGCAUAUACAAAUUCUGACAUACAUCCACACGCAUACACGUGCACACCUACACCAAACACACACUCGACUUGCUUCCUUAUCUGCCAGAAGUACCUGUGCUGCAUUAAUGCUAGAGGAUUAAAAGUUUCCCGAGGGUAGCGCAGCAGUGCAGGAAAAGGCCACCUUUUACAUACACUAUAACUUCUCAGUUGGCUCCAUACAGCUCUGUCAUAUACACACAUACACAGCCCAGUCCAUGACAGCAGUAAAUCUAGAGAUGAAACAGGUUUGGCUGCUGAUCCAGGGUUUGAUUUAGUAGAAAGAAGGCACCACCUUUAUGGUUAGAACAACUCAUUCAGGUACAAAAGUUGCGCUGUAUGGACUUUAAGGAUGGGGUCACAUUUAUUUUACUCUAACUGAAAAUGGUGAGGUCAAGGGGAUGUGCAAUUUCAGUUAUUAUAGCUUUGGGGAAGGGGCACGUUUUGAGGGAAGGUUAUCUUAACCCGUAAUCUUAAAGGGAUAUUCUGGCAUAAAUUUAAUUUAGGGUCAAACACACCGUAACACAGAGUUAGACACCUCUUGAGAGAUGAAUGUUGCCGACCGCUUGCUUCUCUAGUUUUACCAACUUUAGUAGCAGAGCAAUACAGAAUGGUCUAAGGAGCCGUAAACAAACCUCAACCAAAAAUGCCACUCUAUAGCCACAAAUAACCUCGGGCCAGUCCAUUACGGACUGCUGCGGGGUGACUCAGCUCAAGGAAGAACAUUUAUGAUCAUUACAUUCAAGUACUAAUCAUCAUAUUAAUCAUUUUGCACUGCAGACGCGGUAGUUCUUCUGCCUUAACGUCUCACUCUGAUUGCAUUUCCAUAAAGAAAUGAUCAUAAAUGUUCUUCCUUGAACUGCAUCGCCCCGCAGCAGUCCGUAAUGGACUGGCCCGAGGUUUGGUUGAAGUUUGUUUAUGGCUCCUCAGACCGCUGUGUAUUGCUAUCCUGCAGUUGUUACUAAAAUUGGUAUAACUAGAGAAGCAACAUUUAUCUCUCGAGGGGGUGUCUAACUUGGUGUUAUUGUGUGUUUGACCCUAAAUUAAUUUUACGCUGGAAUAUCCCUUUAACUAUGAGCCUUUUUACACUGAACACAUGAGGCAGCUGUGGUUCAGUUGGUAGAGUCUCCCAAUCAGAAGGUUGGGGGUUUGAUCCCAGAGCUGCCCACAUGCUGAAGUGUCCUGGAUCCUGGUUUGAAGUCCUGUAUAGUAACUAUCAUACAAUAAAAGAACUUUAUUUAUCCUCAAAUGGUCCUGGGUUCAAAUCCGGAAUAGAGGCAGUUUAUGUCACCCUGGAACAACUGCUUUCUUCACAUGUAGUGUGAAGUGCUGUUUUGACCUUCCACAGUCGAAAAGUAGAGGUAAUAAUGACCUACAAAAGCAAACACUGCCAGGCAAACUUGUAGUGUAAUGGUGAAGGCAGCUGCCCCUCUACGAAGGGACUCUGGGUUCAAAUCAAGGACAGCAGUGCUCCACGCUGAAAAUUACUGUUCUCACAUAAAUUUCAAGCUGUGCUUAAUGAAAGAGGAAAUCAAAAGUCCUUAAAAAAACAAACAGGGUUAGGCUCACCUGUGGUGUAGUGGUGAAGGUCCCUGCCUUUUGAAUAAAAAUCCUAGGUAUGGUACAUCCUGAUGUGUCGACAUGAGGCACAAAAAAACCUCCUCAUACAGUGUUUCAAAGUGCUUUUAAAGAGGCAGAAUCAUACAGUAAAAGUCCAGUGGUAAAAAGGUUAAGACUACUGACUGCCAAUGAAAUGGUUCAGGGUUUGAUUCCUGUUAGGGGUGAGAGCAAGGAUGAGGCAGGGAGAUAAAAAGGAUAAGGAAGGGAAGAAAGAGUGAAGGAAACAUAAGAGAAGAGGAAAAAAACAAGUUCAAAUAAAAACUGAAUAAAAAGAAUAGUUAUGUAAAAUGUUAUGUAUUGCUCACAAAAAUCAAGAGUCAUUGCACACCCCUGCUUAAGAAUACAUGUGUGACACUUGUUGUCCAGCCUUGUGUCGUAUAUCUUAAGACAUAGAGAGAAAAAGAUUAGGAAAGGCCCUGUAACUAUAAUACCUCCAGGUUCUUGCACAAAUUGAAGUCAAUGCCUUAAAUAAUGACGGGCUUUAUGGGUUUUUAUUACUGCAGUUCCCGUGUGCAUUCUCCCGUUCACUCCCAGGAGUGAGAUAAGGCUGCUGCAGUGUCAGCUUAACAGUGUCACAAUUUGUUUCACUAAUUCAGCACUUGUUAAUGUUACAAGAUGUUAUCCUUCGUUGUUGUAGCCACCAUUUUUUUUUUAAGUCACACAGAAAUCCACAUCAGGGAAGCAAUUAAACUGCGUUCUGUCUUUAAUGAAAACUAGUUUAUAGUAGUUUCCACACUGUUUUCAUUCUGUGCUGCAGGCUCCUGUACUGUACUCUACACACACACUAGCUUAUGAUAUGAACUGCUGAUAAAACAAGUGCGACUGUGAUUCAUGGCAGCAGCAGUUACUUCGCUCUUAUCUUCUUCCGGCCACAUAUUCUUCCCUAAUGCCCUUGUUUGCCUUCGGAAACGUCCUUCAGAUUUAGCUUCUUUAGCUACAGGAACUAUAAGACUGCGUCAUCCACCUGGACCUGUUUUUUCAUCCUCACCAGCGCUCCACAUGAGUGCCGGUGAGGAAGGUGUAGAGUGCUGUUUCAAACCAACAAUAAGUGUUAGAUUGAAACAGGUUUUAGGUCAAUUAAAGAAAGAGUAUUGAUUCCUCUGUGGCUCUAAGUGGACUGCAGGAGUCAGCUAGUAAACCAAAAAAGAGCCAUAAGUCAAUUUUCUGCUCGUAUCAUUCAAGCUGUUGGUGUGUGUGCAUGAAAGCGCAACAGUGUGGCAUAGCCUGGCAGUGUGAUGUAUUUUUCUUGGUCUAAAUCAGUGUCAUAUUUCGCCCUGCAGGAGUGUCUCACAAGGCAACUCAUGGGGCCAAAGGCUGACACUGAUCGACAAGGUGGCAAAUAAAAUUUUUUGCACUGAUCCAUCUUCAAGUCCUGGAGCUUUCACACUCAGUUACACAUAAAAUAUGACUUACUCCGUCUUUCUGUUUCUCACUUCCUCUCUCUUUAGACUGCACAUGCAUGUUCUCCCAUUUACCUUUGCAAAUGUGUAUGCGCCCGCACAUAGGGCUUUUGGCUUUUGUUUCCCAGUGCUGAUACAGUACUGCACUGUACCCAGUGUGCCAGAAACAGCAGAGAGAUAAUGACAUCCUAUACCGGAGGCUCUAAUUAGACUGCACCGGAGCGCUCAGGAGAGAAGGAGAGAAGUGAGGGAGACAUAGGAGGAGGAAAAUGGGGAAGGAGGUGUUGAGAGAAAGAUGUACUUAAUAAUGUAUUUUUUCUGAGAUCUGGAUAUAUAGGGACAAAGUUUUACAGGAGAGAUGACGGGAAGAGGGAUGAUGGGUUAGGUGAGGGAGAAGGAAAGAUGUUUGUGCGAGUUAGCAGUAAUGGCCAAGUGUUGUUGCCAGAACUGACAGCACUGCAGCGAUAAAGACACCAUUAUGUGAUUGCUUAAUAUCAGUUAACAGUUACACUGUUUUACAAAACAAAUGACACUCAAAGAAGCAAGUCUGGAGACACCACUUUUUUAAUCUUUUCUCUCUCAUUAAAGCUCCCAUGAGCAAGUUUCGAUUUGCAACUUACACAAAGGUGUAACUUAUAUUCUAGAUUUUAGGGUAAAUUUCUCAGGUUCAUACUACUGAGGUUAGCCAGAGUUGAGCCUCUCUAUGAGAUUUACAGUGGAUCUGAGAUAGGGCUGCACAAUAUUGGAAAAAACAAUUCCAUUUCUUUAACCGUGCAAUAUAUAUUGCGAUUUUAAAAAAAUACAGAAAUUUUCACCGGAAGACCUGAUGAUGGCAACAGAUGAUGUUUUGGUCGACAUCAUCCUUCUUGUAACCGAAAUAAUUCCAGAUAACUGACUUUCCCUUUCUUUUUGGCAAUUUUCUGUGGUUUUCUCUUGUUCUUUGCUCAUUUUGCAAACAUUGUUGUUGUUACCAAUGUUGUGCCGAAAAACACGUUUGCCGAGAUUUUCAUGCACCUCGCAAAAUGCGCACUGCUUAUAGUAAAGUAGUCCACGGAAAUGUACAAUUUAAAACCCUUACAAUUCUUAUUUGUAGGGCUAAACUGUGAUGAGUAAUGUGCCGAAGGUAUUCUCGGUGGGUAUGCGGUUCUCAGCACAACACCGGCAGCACAAGCAACUCACUCCAUGUGCAGGGGUGUGUGGUUUUCUCCUCUCUGAUUUUGAUUGAUGGCUGGCAGGGUAGUCUGAUUGGCAAGAGUGACAUGCAGUGUAUCUCAGUCAGCUACCCCUAAAAUUUUACGUAAGCUCUGCACUGUGACUAUUGCGCACGCGUACAUCGCGAUGACGAUGCUCAAACGAUAUAUCGUGCAGCCCUAAUCUGAGACUCAAGAGCAGAAACAGAGAAGAAAUAGUCGUGCUUACUUUGCAGGCAUACUUGAAGGAGCUUGUCUCCAUUCCUAGAAGCACAGAUCAUCGUCAGGUAAUUGCUGAUGGGUCCUGCAAUUGUUAGCCACACAAUACUACAUGAAGGGAUGGAUAAUAAGUCAAACAAAACUCGUUUCACAAUCUGUUUUUUCCAAUUUUUUCAAGUCUUCUGACAGCUGUAGUUGUAGAGGAAUAUUUCCAGUUGCCUCAUUUUCUCUACAGACAUCAUUUGUGUCCUGUUUGUCUCACUCUGUCUGGAUUCUUCCACCACACCUGCCUGCACUGUCUGACACCUUCUGUAUCUUUUCAUGGAGAUAAUGGCCAAAAUAUGGACAUUCAUUCUGACUGUAAUGAACAGCACGAACACUGUUACAGGCACCUCUUUAGCGGCAGUGAGAAUAAAUUCCCCCUCCAGUCGGUGAUGGAUUCUGCAUCAUUAUUGGGUGCUGCAGAAUCAAUGAGAAGGCAGCCCUAUUUUCCUGCUGGAGCCAAUCUCUAGUAUAACAAAUUGGUGAUUGUAUCUAUCUGAUCCAUUGCCGUCAUUUGGCUUUGCGAUGUCGUCUGCACUCAGAUUUUUCUUCAUCAUUGGUCGUGAGAUUCAAACAAAAAAAGCAGUGAAAAAAAAAACAAAUGAAAAAGCUUUUUUAUGCGUCUCUCCUUUUUAUUUUGCAUGUCCUUAUUGCUUUAGUUGGAGAAAUUUGGUGACAGGCAUCUAUCAGACGCCGCUCCAUUGAAUUCUAAGGGAUAUCACAGACAAGACAAAUUGCAGUUAUUAUUUCUCAAUGUGCUAACUCAGCAGGAUGCACAUGAGCAAAAUUGAAAUGGAUGCAAUCUGUGAUACCAUUUGUACCAGUUCAUGUAAUAAAAGCGCUCCGAAAUCACAAGCCUGUCAUCUUUUACAGCAUAAAAGGGUGUAUGUGGCAGUGUUUUUUCCACCCUCACAUUACUCUGUUUUCCCUUUCUGCCAAAAAACAAUUAUUGAAAACACUUUUGUUUUUCAAAACUUUCAAGUACAGCCCAUAACUCUUAGCACUUACAAUUGCAGCCACGUCCAAAAGCUACAUUUCAGCCUGAGCUGAAAAAUAAAAGGGUUGGUUUCAGGUUUUACAGUUCAUGCUGGCUAUGCUCCAGUAGAAGCUGGAUUUUCAGAUACAGGAGUAUAUGUGCAGAGCUUCUGUAGUAGGUAAAGGGAACAAUGAAUCAAUUCACUGCCUGGUACUUUUUGGCAGAUGUAGUACAAGUGCUGGUUUGGUUUACUUUGCAGUCAUACAUCAAAAAGGAUCAUCUCUAUUUUUUUUAUUUCAGUAUGAACCCUUUUUCACUGAAACCAUACCAAGGACAAAUCUACUGACUGCAGCUGUAAUAGUAUUUGUAACAUAAAAAUGAUUGUGGUUGUAUUGACUCCAUAAUAAGUAUGAGCUUCUUGUGAAACUGCAACAUAAACCAACAAAGACAGCAGCUUAUUACUUGGAUCAUAAGUAUAGUUAGUAUAGUUUUAUAAGUUUACUGUAUUCCCCAUCUGUUAACAUAAGUGAGGCAGGCUUUAAACUAUAGCUUAGGGUUGAGUGAUACGGGAAAAAGUUUGUCAGGAUACAUUUUUUUCAUAUCAGUUGAUAUUGAUAUAUAUCAGGAUAUAAAAAAUGAAAUUUAACAGUGCUUAUUGGUAGCAUGUCUUUUGCAAAACAAUAAGCAACUGCAUCUGUGAGGUCUUUGUGUCUCUGACGUUUUGUCGUAAGGUGUUGAGCUACAGAAAGUGCAAAUGAAUGGUCAGCUGUUUUGGCUGCACAGGCGCCAUGGGCUCCUUUCCCCGCUCGGGUUUUGCAUUGCGCGUGCUCUGCUGCGUGGCACAGCUUCAGGUGGUGAAAAAGAUUCGAGUAUUCCCCGACUUUGCGAGAACCUUUACUCGACAUAAUUUGCAGUGUACAUUACUCUGCUUCAUGUCGACCUCAAAAAUAUUGAUAUAAAACUAAUUUUCGAUAUAUAUCAUUAUCAUUUUAUCGCCCAGCCCUACUUCAGCUUUAGUCAGAGGGAGGAGCUCUGAACUGUCUGUUUCACUGUGAGGGAGCUUACAGGUCGUCCAUCCUUUUUAAAGCCUCUAGGAAAUAAAUAUGUAAUCAUAUCUCUUUGUAAAUGUUUGUCUAGCUAGCUAGCAAUGAUGCUGAACUGUACUGUAUUUUCAUGCAGUAUCCAAGCAAUUAAUACCAAACAUCCCAGAGUCUUAGUGAAACUUAUUGAAUGGAAGAUUAUUGAUACCAAUUUAAAGCCUUGGGAGAAUUGGACGGCUUGUUUUCCCCUCCAAUCCAUUACCCCAGUCAUGUUGUUGAAGCUGAGUUGACAUUGCGAGGUCCAUUAUCUGGCUCCAUCUGCAGCUUUCGUCUCUGGGCAUUAAAAGCGUCACAUUUCCCUGUCACAGAUCGGGAGCGGUCCACUCAUUAACUGUAAUGACUGCGAGGGCUGUGCUCAGCAGACCAGAACCAGAGCUGUGAUUGGGCGAUCCGGGGCCUGAUGAAUGAGUGGCAGAUGAUGAUGCAGAGGCAGUCAGGAAGUGUUAAUUUCACAGAGGAUAGCUUUUGUCAAGGUGGAAAACAAGGUGGAUAUUUCACUCAGCGGGAGAUUGUUUUGGUUCAUUUUCUGAAGGCAUCUGUCAUAGUUGGAAAGUCUUUGUUGAUCUAAAAGUUUAGGCCUCUGUUUAAAGGGAGCGGUAAGUAGGAGACGUUUUCUCUAUCUUGAUAAUCCAAAGAUUGUGCAAAAUGCCCAAAGUCCCUUUAAAGUUUAAUAAGGUUGUGUGACGCUUUAUCUUAACAGAUAUGGCUAAUGAGGCCAAAGCUAACAAACUCUGUCCGUCUCUGAGUCCUCAUUUGAUAUGCAUGUGUAAUGACUUUGUACGAGCAGCAGCCUGUCAGUCUUGUUUCAUUACAGAGCUGCUAUAUCAGACAGUCAAAUAAUGAGUAAACUGCACAGAGCGUAAUGAGAAGGUGCUGCAAUCUUUUCUGUCACUCGUCUUUUCCUUUGUUUUGUUUGUCUUUUUCUUCUGUCAUGUUUAUUUUCAUCAUUUGAUCUCUGCUUUUUCUCUCCCCUUUCUCUGCCUGGGUUCAUUGGACAGAUCUACCUGCGUUUUCUUGACUAUGAAAUGGCCAAUUCCAAUGAAUGCAAGCGCAACUUUGUGGCGGUGUACGAUGGUGGGAGGUAUGACCUUUUCUGACAUUUGUUUCUCUCUUUCUCUUUCCAUCAUACCUUAAUCAAAUCUAUUCUUACAGCUUACAUAAAUGCUUUCUUUUAUGAGCACUUAUUCAUUUUGAAAUCUGGAAAAGACAAAAAGGCAAAUAAUUGGUUUGGGCAAGAAACAGUUUUACUGUCACUCAGACAUUAGCCUCACCUGACCUCCUGAGUCACAGACUGGGACCUCAAGACCUUGACUGAUUAACACUUCAGAAACAAUUCAACAGAAAUCUUUUACUUUUCUUUUAAAAGAAAAAAAUUAAAGCUCCAGUGAGGGGUUUUUUAAUUGUUUUGAAACAGGCUAAAAUUGACAGCCUGUGUUUGAAAUGCAAAAGAGACAGUGAGGAAUUAAACUGAUAAUUUCUACACCAUGAAUUUUAAUUCUGAUAGCGACUGACAAAAAGGUUUCAAAAAACAUUAUUCAUGUAUGUUUAGAAAAGAAUCAACAAAGAGGAAAGAGGCAUUACUUUUUUAUCGGGCGCGAAUUCAACAAGAACGAAAAACUUCCCUUAAGUCACUCUUAGCAGACUACUGUCAGUCAAGCUCAGUUAAGCAAGCUCAAAACCUCCCCUUCAAACUUUAGCUUGCAUACAUUUCAAUAGUAGAUUAGACAAACAAAUUGUAAGAUAGUAUUUAGAGAGCUCUAUAAGAGCCAGUAGGUGGUUUUUAGCCUUUAGAUGAAGCAAGGUUAACCUUUUCUCCUUGAUCCAGUGCGAAUGCUAAGCUAAGCUAACUAUCUGCUGCCAUUAUUUCAUAAUUAUGGUGGCCCUGAAGGUUAAUGACACAAAUAGGAAACAAAUAAAAUCAUACAAUAUGAAAAUUUUCAAUAAAUGCAAAAAAAAUUCAUAUAAUACACAAAUAUUUUACAAAACAAAAAAAAAAUACAUAAAGACAAAAUAUUUCAGAAACUUUGUGUUAAAUGCUGCUGCCUACCUUGGCCAGGACACUCUUGAAAAAUAGAUUUUUAAUCUCAAUCAGUUCUGUUUCUCCUGUUUAAAUAAAGGUUAAAUUAAAUUAAAAAAAUAAUAUUUUAAAUAAAAAAAAAACAAAUGAUGUGAAGAUAAAAAUAAUUUGGGAAUGCAAAUACAUUUUGAGAACAAAAAUAUUUAGGAAACGGCGCAAAAAUGUUGUACACUCAAAACAAUUUUGUAAACGAGAACAUAUUUUCUAAACAAAAAUAUUUGGGGAAUUAAAUUGAAUUUUGUAAACAAAAAAAAAAAACAAAAAAAAAGAAACGUCCCUCAAAAUUUAGUAUUUUAAAAUCUAUUCAUUUAAAAAGAUUAUUCUUGUUUUCAGAGUAUUUUUGUUUCUUCAAAAUAUGUUUAUGUUUAUAUCAUUUAUUUGUAUUUUCUGAAAUAUAUUGUGUAUUCAUUUGAAAUAUCAUCUCACUUUGUAAAAUGUUUGUGUGUUUUAUGACAUUUUUUUGUUGCCAUUGACCUUCAGGGCCACCGUACAGAUUAGACAAACAGCUAUGAGAGAGUUGACUUAAUUACAACAGCCAGACAUGGGACACUUGAGUAUAUGACAAGAUGAAGAGAUAUUUAAAUCCUGAUGAAAGGCAACAAUAUUUGAUAUUUUGAGAUAAGGGUCUGUUUUAUGCAAAUAUCAGAGCUACAAAAAGCCUUGAGACAAGUAUACACACUUCAAAAAGCUCAUUCACUAUCUCACAAUGUGGAUUUUUGAGAUCACUAUCACACAAUAAGAGCAACAAUGCAUGGCUGCUCUUGGGUUUUCUGAAAUAAGGUGGAUUAUUGAAAUUCAAAUCAAGUAAGUGUUGUACUUGAUGAUAAACUCUGGAUUCUUAUCUUGUCCUGUCUCGUCUCAGUUCAGUGGAAGACCUGAAGAGCAAGUACUGCUCCACGGUGGCCAAUGACCUCAUGCUGGUUUCCACGCUUGGUGUCAUUCGCAUGUGGGCGGAUGAGGCCAGUCGCAAGAGCCGCUUCCGGAUCCUUUUCACAACCUACCAAGAACGUAAGGCUGCGCUCAAAUUCACAUCCAUGUGCUGCAUCAUAAAGAUGUUGGAGGCAGAGUGGCCGGUCUAUUGAAGGGAGCUGAUUAGCUUAUGAAUCAGGUGCUGUGACAGCAACAUUGACACAAAAAUAAAAAAGGUCAGGUCUUUAGUGGUGGCUGUUAAAGGAAGAUGGAAGCAUGGUGACCACAUUUAUGGCGAGUUAUAACGGAAGCCAUUCAUAGGAGAGGGCCUGUCCCAGGUUCCCAUUUAGUUUUACGACCAUUUAAAAUGCAGCGAGCGGAAAACCAAGGAAUAUGAUUUCCAUUACAGUGGAAUACUGCCUAUGGGUUUUGUGAUAGUAUCAGCUGAUUUCAGCUCAACACCACAGCACUACUAGCUAAUAGAUAGAUAAAUAGGAAGAGGAGUAGUCUGAGACAAAGGAACACCAGGAUGAGCUCUAGUGUGUCAACACCUGCUGUUUUUAUUUUGAGCUAGACACCUGAGGUCCGUUUCACGUAGCAGGUUUAGUGGAAACUCCGAGUUUGUUAACCCUGACAUCAGGGAAACUCUGAGUUUUCCGUUUCACAAAGGAGGGUUAGUUAAACCAGGGAGAGAGGGGUAACUCUAACCUGUUUCACAAAGAGAGGUAACUCAACCUCGCGGUCAGUUACCACAGGAACAGACUCCGUGAACCUAACCUGCUCGGGAGCAGGUUUAACUCAGUAAACCCAGAGUUUCAGGUGAGAGAUCGGCAUUUUCUCAUUUUGAUCAAGGUUUAUUUUGUCAAAUAAAUGUUAAGUGGCAGUUUGAUCCCAUCAAAAAUGCUCUUUUCACACUCAAAACUGAAUUUUACUCUCUUAUGAUGUUCCGUUAAAUGAUUAGGAAUAUUAAACUAACACAAAAACGGGUGGUGGUCCAGCAGCCCCACCUUUAACGGAGGCAGAGGAGCUGCCCCCCCCCGUUCGACGAUCGCGGCCGGUCCGAUCGCAAAUCCCCCCCACCCCCCAGACACACACACCAGUCCGACGAUCGCUGCUACGGGGUGGGGGUUGCGAUCGGAGGGGGCAGCUCCUCUGCCUCCGUUAAAGGUGGGGCUGCUGGACCACCACCCGUUUUUCUGGCAUCUGCCCUCUUUCUGUUAGCUGAGUGAAAGUCUAAUAUUGAGUGUAGUGUGUGUUAGUUUAAUAUAUGUACAUAUACAUACUGAGAGUUAGUUUAAUAUUCCUAAUCAUUUAACGGAACAUCAUAAAAGAGUAAAAUUCAGUUUUGAGUGUGAAAAGAGCAUUUUCUAAGGGAUCAAACUUAAUACUUACUUGACAAUGUAAAACAUGAUCAAAAUGAUUCAAGCAGUUUCCCUGCAACAGUCUGUCAUUGUGAUUGCACGAGACUAGAUUUAAAGUAACGCAUUGACGCGAGCAGCGAUUUCCUCCCAAGCCCUCUCCCUCUCCUUUGCAGCUGCUGCUGUAUUGCACGUUCUUUUAAAAACGUGCUGUAAUUCGCUGUUGGCUUGCUGCUGCCCCCUCCUUCUCCCUGUUUCCAUUGGUUGAUCAUUGAAUCUGCGCUCCACAGAUGCUGGCUGUUUAUGUCUGGCGUGCACGUGCUUAACUCCAGGUCAAACUACUCGGAGUUGUUAAAACCGUCUCAAAUCAGGUGUUGUGAAACCGGAAACUCAGAGUUUCCUAACUCAGAGUAGAUCAACUCAGAGUUAAGGAUUUAACUCAGAGUUUGUUGAACCACCUACGUGAAACGGACCCCUGGGGUCCGUUUCACGUAGCAGGUUUAGUGGAAACUCCGAGUUUGUUAACCCUGAAAUCAGGGAAACUCUGAGUUUUCCGUUUCACAAAGGAGGGUUAGUUAAACCAGGGAGAGAGGGAUAACUCUAACCUGUUUCACGAAGAGAGGUAACUCAACCUCGCGGUCAGUUACCACAGUAACAGACUCCGUGAACCUAACCUGCUCGGGAGCAGGUUUAACUCAGUAAACCCAGAGUUUCAGGUGAGACAUCGGCAUUUUCUCAUUUUGAUCAUGUUUUACAUUGUCAAGUAAGUAUUAAGUGGCAGUUUGAUCCCUUAAAAAUGCUCUUUUCACACUCAAAACUGAAUUUUACUCUCUUAUUAUGUUCCGUUAAAUGAUUAAGAAUAUUAAACUAACACAAAAACGGGUGGUGGUCCAGCAGCCCCACCUUUAACGGAGGCAGAGGAGCUGCCCCCCCCCCCCGUUCGACGAUCGGCCCCCCCCCCCCCCCCCCCCCCACAGACACACACACACACCAGUCAGACGAUCGCUGCUACGAGGUGGGGGUUUCGAUCGUCGAGGGGGGGGCAGCUCCUCUGCCUCCGUUAAAGGUGGGGCUGCUGGACCACCACCCGUUUUUCUGGCAUCUGCCCUCUUUCUGUUUGCUGAGUGAAAGUCUAAUAUUGAGUGUAGUGUGUGUUAGUUUAAUAUAUGUACAUAUACAUACUGAGAGUUAGUUUAAUAUUCCUAAUCAUUUAACGGAACAUCAUAAGAGAGUAAAAUUCAUUUUUGAGUGUGAAAAGAGCAUUUUCUAAGGGAUCAAACUGCCACUUAAUACUUACUUGACAAUGUAAAACAUGAUCAAAAUGAUUCAAGCAGUUUCUGCAACAGUCUGUCAUUGUGAUUGCACGAGACUAGAUUUAAAGUUACCCAUUGACACGAGCAGCGAUUUCCUCCCAAGCCCUCUCCCUCUCCUUUGCAGCUGCUGCUGUAUUGCACUUUCUUUUAAAAACGUGCUGUAAUUCGCUGUUGGCUUGCUGCUGCCCCCUCCUUCUCCCUGUUUCCAUUGGUUGAUCAUUGAAUCUGCGCUCCACAGAUGCUGGCUGUUUAUGUCUGGCGUGCACGUGCUUAACUCCAGGUCAAACUACUCGGAGUUGUUAAAACCGUCUCAAAUCAGGUGUUGUGAAACCGGAAACUCAGAGUUUCCUAACUCAGAGUAGAUCAACUCAGAGUUAAGGAUUUAACUCAGAGUUUGUUGAACCACCUACGUGAAACGGACCCCUGGGGUCCGUUUCACGUAGCAGGUUUAGUGGAAACUCCGAGUUUGUUAACCCUGAAAACAGGGAAACUCUUGAGUUUUCCGUUUCACAAAGGAGGGUUAGUUAAACCAGGGAGAGAGGGGUAACUCUAACCUGUUUCACAAAGAGAGGUAACUCAACCUCGCGGUCAGUUACCACAGUAACAGACUCCGUGAACCUAACCUGCUCGGGAGCAGGUUUAACUCAGUAAACCCAGAGUUUCAGGUGAGACAUCGGCAUUUUCUCAUUUUGAUCAUGUUUUACAUUGUCAAGUAAGCAUAAAGUGGCAGUUUGAUCCCUUAAAAAAUGCUCUUUUCACACUCAAAACUGAAUUUUACUCUCUUAUGAUGUUCCGUUAAAUGAUUAGGAAUAUUAAACUAACACAAAAACGGGUGGUGGUCCAGCAGCCCCACCUUUAACGGAGGCAGAGGAGCCCCCCCCCCCCCCCCGUUCGACGAUCGCGGCCGGUCCGAUCGCAAAUCCCCCCCCCCCACAGACACACAUACACGCACACCAGUCCGACGAUCGCUGCUACGAGGUGGGGGUUUCGAUCGUCGAGGGGGGGGGCAGCUCCUCUGCCUCCGUUAAAGGUGGGGCUGCUGGGCCACCACCCGUUUUUCUGGCAUCUGCCCUCUUUCUGUUUGCUGAGUGAAAGUCUAAUAUUGAGUGUAGUGUGUGUUAGUUUAAUAUAUGUACAUAUACAUACUGAGAGUUAGUUUAAUAUUCCUAAUCAUUUAACGGAACACCGUAAGAGAGUAAAAUUCAUUUUUGAGUGUGAAAAGAGCAUUUUCUAAGGGAUCAAACUUAAUACUUACUUGACAAUGUAAAACAUGAUCAAAAUGAUUCAAGCAGUUUCCCUGCAACAGUCUGUCAUUGUGAUUGCACGAGACUAGAUUUAAAGUUACGCAUUGACGCAAGCAGCGAUUUCCUCCCAAGCCCUCUUCCUCUCCUUUGCAGCUGCUGCUGUAUUGCACUUUCUUUUACAAACGUGCUGUAAUUCGCUGUUGGCUUGCUGCUGCCCCCUCCUUCUCCCUGUUUCCAUUGGUUGAUCAUUGAAUCUGCGCUCCACAGAUGCUGGCUGUUUAUGUCUGGCGUGCACGUGCUUAACUCCAGGGCUGUGUCCGAAAUGGCCUACUACUCCUACUACUCCUACUAACCCCGCCUCUGAAUUGAGUAGGCAGUGCGUUCACACUGUACAGUAUGCGAAUUUUGUGUAUGCGAGAAAUGCCCGGAUGUAUACUCAAUCGGCUUCGAUUUCUGAGUGUGCAACGGAGCUUGCUUCACGUACUGCUUCUGCCCCACAAUGCAUUGCGCACCUCAGCUGGUAAUAUGGCCCUCGAGGCUGAAAAGAAAUAGAUGGCAUGUGAUUGCAAUAAUAAUGAUAUAUAUAUAAAUAGAUAAACAAUAUUUAGUCAGUAUCGGUACACAGUUUUCAUCAUUUUAUCAUAUUUUGAUCUUUUUACCAGAUUUAUUUGUAUUUUAAAUUAGGAUUAUAGGUAAUGUUUUUUAACUAUUCGUAUGAAUUGACUUUAUUUAUUUAAGUGUCUAUUAAAGAUGUAUUUAUUACAUCAAGUUUGAGCAUCUUCUCAUCUCUGAAUGCAUCAUCAAAGUGGUCGCUCAUAUUAAGCACAGACCUCUGAUUAAUAAAAAUUAUCUUUGGUAGAGAGCACAUGGUUCAGAAUAUACAAACGGGGGAGUUUCCAGUUGACAAUCUAUGUGAGCUUUACUAAUUCUUACUUGUGAUUGAAAAUCUGAUGGUUUCUGAAAUAAUCAUUGUACAUUAAAAGAAUGUAGUCGGGAAAUGAUGUAUUUGCCGAGGAAUAACCGAACAAGGUCAUAAUAAUUAUGUUGUGUGUUGGUCAUUUUGCAGCCCUCUGCUGCUCAUCACACGGCCAGCAGGUGGUGUAUAGCAUUAUCACCAUGGAUACACGGAUGUUUGUAUGAUUUUUUUCAUCCACUGCCGCCCGGUUUGUGUCGUGUAGAUGUUGAUUAUGAAAACACCGCAGGGGGAGCUGCUGCUGCCCGGUGUUUACGGUAAAUAGACGCAAACACCGACCAAGUGGACGCUUCGGUCUCCGAAAACGCCGAGACAAAUUUACAAACAACCACUAUUUCAAACAACUGGGCUCAUAAUUGUGAUGUAAACACUUACUUUCUCGCUAGAAAAAAUAUUAUUAUUGAAUGAAUUUAUAUAAUUUGUCCGGGAUGCAGUCGUUCUGUGUAGCUUGUGGUAGGACUAUUUAAAUUUUCCCGGCGCUGCGUCCGGCCGGCACGAAAUGCAUUCUGGGGUAUUUAGUAUGUAUGUAUGUAAACGCUCGGGCAGCCGCGGCAUACUCAAAUCCUCUUUGAGUAGUCAGUAGGCAGUAGCUACUGCUUGAGUAGGUAAGUAGAUAGUAGGCAGUAUGCCAUUUCGGACACAGCCCCGGUCAAACUACUCGGAGUUGUUAAAACCGUCUCAAAUCAGGUGUUGUGAAACCGGAAACUCAGAGUUUUCUAACUCAGAGUAGAUCAACUCAGAGUUAAGGAUUUAACUCAGAGUUUGUUGAACCACCUACGUGAAACGGACCCCUGGAGGGGAUUCAAAUCCAUACAUACACUCAGAGUUCACAAACACAGCCAUCCUCUAUCAGCAGCUCUUCAUUGAUGGAGAUCUUAGUUUGACAGGGGUCACAGAGGGCAUUCUUUAUACUACAGAGCUGCAGGAAGAGAGUCUGUAAGUAACAGUGUGUCUGUGUCUUUUAGUGGAUCAUAAUGCCAAGAUUCACACCCACACCCACAGAGAGAGUGCAGAUUGUUUGAAGACAUGCUGAUCUAAAUUAGAGUAAAAUUGACUUCUCCUGCACACAGCACAGUUAGUCUGGUUGAAUGAAAAUCAUCAAUAUCCAAUGCACCUCAAAGAACAUCAGUAUCUUACAUAUCUACCGUAUGUCUGUAUGGUCCUCAUUGUUUGUGUUAUGUGUUUACUGAAGCGAUACAAAGAGAUCAGUGGUUAGUUUCUGCACAAUAGGUGACGACAGUGGCAGCAGAGUUGUUUAUGAUGUGAAGUCAGUGUCCCUUUUGUAAGGCCUUUUCACCAAGCAGAGCCAGGAUGUGCUGUUGCCAGGGCAACGCUGCUGUCCAAGUCACUUGGCGAUCCCCAGCCAGACCUCAGAGCCUCUCGAGCAGCAUCCAGCACAGCUCAGCAGCACUGCAGUAACACUGUCAGCAUGAGUGUGUGCAGGUGUGACAGAGAACUGGCAAACUCUAGCAGGAAAAAAACACAGUCUAGUGUCCGGGCUUAACUUUUUUGAGUGUGCGUAAACUUCCUGAAAGAAAAAAGGCCUUUCUUCUUCAACUAUUUUGAGAGUAUUCCUACAGAUGCACGGACCCAAGGGUUAAAUGACUUGAGCAAAGCUGAUAUGGCAUCAUCAUAACUUAUACAAGAGCUUAAUAUAUAUUUUUUCUACUUCCACUAAAAAGUCAUUUAAUUCCUCUCCUCAGGUAAAAAAAGAAGACAUUAACUACCACAUCUGAGCAUGUGCUGUGUUUCAGGUGUUCUCAUUGGUUACUGCUUGGAUCUGCAGCUUAAGGCCACUUUUUUUUUUUUUUUUACAAUAAGUGCUCCCUUGCUAGCACAUAAACACUUAUCCCAUGUGUUUAUGUGUUUGCCCACAGCUGCUGGUGCCCAGUGGGACCAGCAGCUUUUAGAAAACCAUUCACAGCAGCUGACUCCCAACAUGAUGUUCCGAUGGGAAGAGCAAUGCUCGCAUAGGCAAACAUCCAGCUUUAUGGUCCGUGCUGUGCUUAUACCUGCUGAGACGCCUAAUCCUGCUCAGCUUCCAGGCACACGAAUGCACCCAUACUUACACACAAACACACAGCACUACAGCAUAAGGUUACCAAUUAGAAAUGUAAAAUGUAAAGCCUAUCUGUACCCAAGACACAAUUAUGUCUUGUGUGAUAAAUGUUCUUGUGUGACAUCUCAGCUGUCAGCACUGUUACGCCUCAUCGACAGAUCCCUGUCUCUGGGGCCGCAGAUUGAAAUUUGCUCCAGCUCAACCGCACACAUCUCUUCUUGUUUUUUACAAAGCUUCUGUGCUGUGUGCAGGAAAGUAUUUCAGAACAACAGAGUAUGUGAAUAAUGGCUGUGAACAUACAGAUCUUUCUAGGUCUGAGAUAAGAUACUAUCAUCUGUAACAACUUGUAAUGUUUGUUUACUCUAAAGUGGAUGGAUGGAUGGAUGGAUGGAUGGAUGGAUGGAUGGAUGGAUGGAUGGAUGGAUGGAUGGAUUAAUAAAUGAUGAAUGGGUGGAUGGAUGUACGCAUGGAUGGAUGGAUGAUUAUAUUCAUGGAUGGAUGAUUAUAUUCAUGGAUGGAUGGAUAGAUUAAUAAAUGAUGGAUGGAUGGGUGGAUUAAUAAAUGAUGGAUGGAUGGAUUAAUAAAUAAUGGAUGGAUGAAUGGAUAAAUAUUAAAUGAUGGAUGGAUUAAUGAUGGAUAAAUGAUCGAUGGAUGGGUAGAUGGAUGGAUGGAUCAAUAAAUGAUGGAUGGAUGGAUGGAUGGAUUUAUGCAUGGAUGGAUGGUUGAUGGAUGGAUGGAUGUAUGGAUGGAUGCAUGGAUGGAUAUAUGCAUGGAUGGAUGGUUAAUGGAUGGAUAUAUGCAUGGAUGUAUGGUUGAUGGAUGGAUGUAUGAAUGAAUGGAUGGAUUUUUUUACUAGUUAAUGGAUGGAUGGACAGACAGAUAAACAGAUGAAAUUAUAAGACUACAGGCGGGUAGAUGAUCAAAAAACAAAAUGAGUUGUGGGAUUUAGAUAAAUGACAAAUGCAUUGAUAAAUAGUUUGAUGAAUGGAUUAAUUAAUUGAUUAAGCUAUCAUUGAAUAAAUUAGUUAAUGGUUUGGUUUAAUUAAAACGAUUUUUUAAUAAAACUUGUUGUGUUGGAAUUUAUUACGACUAAAAAAGAGAAAUUUAAAGCGACCUGAUUUGUGGGAUAAGACAAGAGAUUUUUUCUGUGUAUUUCUGUACUUCAAACAACUCAAUCUUUACCCUCUCCUUGCGUCAGGCAGGAAACAACAGUAAAUAUAUAGCAUUAAAUGCAUCUUAAAUGAUGACAUAUGAAUCAGUUUAGAAAAGUGACAGUGAUUUUCUACAUUAGAGGAAAUGAUGGAUGACAUUUGUGCAGGUUGAAGCGCUUAGAUGAAAACCAUUUUGAUGGCUAAAGGUACAUCGUCAAUGUCUCCUCGAAAAACUCCAACCACUGUCGUACAGAACAAAGAACACAAACCAUAGAUCCGUGAUGGUUAUUUGAUUUUUAAAAAUUCAUUAUAGCAAUAUGUUUCUUCCAGCACUUCACUGCAGAAUCUCUUUCUGCAGAGGCAGCCAGCCUUUUUUCAUCAGCCACUCAUUUAGGAGUUAAUUUAUGCUACCAGCAGAGACUGUGAACAUCUCUGUGUGGGCAAAAGGGCACUUUUAUUACAGAAUGUCUUGAAAUUAAUUUUGCAGGAGAUUAGUGCAGCUCACACUUUUUAUAACGUCUGGUUUCACCCUGUGGUGUUUCGAGCAGCCAGAAGGACUCGACGGCAGAAAGAGAAGGAGUGAGCUCCCUCUGCUGGAAGAUUACUGUCACUGCUUCAGCAAACAUAGCAUAAAAGAAAAAAAAAGAUAUUGAGAGGAAUAGAGGUGGAGGGUGAAAUGAGAAGAAGAGCACUGGAACACACACAGACAGAGAGACACCAUGAGUCAUGAAAUGUUGGCAAAGUCUCAAACAGGAUGGCAUAUAGAGACAGAAAGAGAUAAGUCACUCUAAUUUGGUGUGUUAUUAUUCACUUGGGAUAAGUGCCGGGAUGAAAACAGCCAUACAUCACAGUGGUAACACUGUCACAUAGUCCCCAGCUCUGCCAUACCACUGGCAAGCUACUUCAGUACCCAGUGCCAGUGAAAGAUAAAGAGAGAGCAAGAGUCAUACAGACUGAGAGAGGGAGGGAGACGGAGGCAGCUAAAUAAAGCCAUCCAUUAUGUGCAGAUGUCAUUGACAAACAACUUUUGGGAGCUUUCAUUUGGAACUUUGGACUUCAGGAAUGAAAGUGGUCUCUCAGUACUUUUGCCCCUCAUAUAAUUUCUAUUUUGAGUUAAAGGUUUUGAUAUAUUAUGGAUGAUAUAUCAUAUAUUAUUAAAAAAUACAAAUAAUAAAUUCAUAAUGCAUGAUACUAUGUUUGGAAUUCACUCAGCAGUAUGUACUGCAUCUCAAAUGACCCCACCCUCAAUAUCACUAAGAGGAUUAGUUUUUUUAACUACAUAUUUCUUUGUACUUUUUGUUCAGUGACCUUUUUUAUUUAGUGUCGUAUCGCAAGUUUUUCUUGAGAUCUUCAACUGUUCUUUUGAUUUGCAUGUUAUUAUGUAUAUCAGGAGAGUUCCAGAUAGCUAACAUUUUCUCACGACUUUUCAUACCUACCCAAAUAUAACAGUUUUCUCUAAGAUACAUCUAAAGAAAAAAACAAGUUGGAUCUUCUUAUUUUGGAUCAGGCCUGAAUAGCAAACAAAAUCCAUUAUCACCCUGACUGUACAUCUGCUGUAAUGUAACCAGAGAUAUUCUAAGGCCGCUACAGUUUAUGGAUCCUGUAACGUAUUUCAAAGGAUGGCUGUGAAAUCACAUUUUACACUGUAGAUUAAACAGGUCACAGCACUUUUACUGUGGUCAUGAUGACAUGGCACUGUUCCCCGCCAUGAUUGACGUUAGGGGGCAAUAAAUGGGCCAAUCACAAGCGUGUGCAUUAGUUUGAUUGGUUUUUGAGAGAAAGGGCACCUUGGCUUUAAAUUAAGUAGUUUCAUCGUCAUAUAUGUUACGACGGAGCUUGUUACAUUAUAAGACUGGUUUUACGACCAUGUCUUGCUGGUGGGCGGCUCUUUUUUUUAUGUCAUCAUCACAGAAAGGUUGAGAUAACAGUGUUGUGUCCAAGAGAACCCUCAUUGGGAAGGUUUUUGUCUGAGGAAAUACUCAUAUUUUUUGUCCUGUUAUCGAAUUCUGUCGACCAGGGAGUUGAAAACAAACAAAAACCUGCGUAAAUAGGGGAGAUUUAAUUUGUUUGUAUGUGCAGAGGACUGUGAAAUGUCAUGGCUUACUCUCUAGACAGAACACACACACAUACACACACACACACACACAUACACAAGGAAUUCAUUCAUAUCCGCAAGUUGUCUCUGCAAAUGUUUGAGGGGGCGGUGGUAUGGAUGAAAAUUCAUGAAGAACAGAUGGGUUCUGGGGGAAACAGGUUCUGAUGUGAGUAAUGCCCGUCCAAAUUUAUCUCCUGAAAAAUCUGGCUCACUGGAACUUCUCCUCAGCUCUACUUCAAAUACUGAUUGGUGCUGCAGCAUUACCAAAUGUCUGAAGUAUUAACUACUGCCACUGAUGAGAACUUUAAUAAAAAAAAAGUAAAAAAAAAAAAAAGUUUUACUGCCUGCGAGGAUGAGAUGAAACUUUGAUUAUGAGCCGCAUAACCUCACUGCUAAUUUUCUUUGUCCUCUCCCCAGCUCCAUGUGAUGCAGAUGCCUUCUUCUGUCACAGUAACAUGUGCAUAAACAACACCCUGGUGUGCAAUGGCAUGCAGAAUUGCGUCUACCCCUGGGAUGAGAACCAGUGCAAAGGUGAGAUAUUGCAUAUAGAGCAAGAGUGUUUCAGCACCAUGGAGAGAGACACUGUAAGGGGGGCUACGGUUGAUGUUUCAGCACCAUGGACAGCGACAAGACGUCAGCUCCAUCAAUAAGCUUGAAAUGAAUUGCUGUGCUUUGUUUCCAAGCUUGAUACACUUCUAAAACUGACACCUCUGGUUCUGCUGUUGGAAGUGCCAGAGCUGUUUUUAUUAAUACCUCCAUGACACCGUUUGUUCUGUUUCGCUGUAUUGUGUUCAAUAGCUGCAAGUAAAAUAACAUGUUUCAACUAAACAACCACUAAUAAUGACAAAACUUUUACUGAAGGUGGUAUUAUUGAUAUUUAAAAAGCUUUCAUGUUCCAGUCAAAGCCUUUUUCCUUUGUUUAAAGGUACUUAACAUUUUCAGUGAGCCGUCUCAGUGUAAUGGACUCUCAAAUGAGCGUGCUAUUUUCUGCCAGAGUAAGAAAUUUCUGAAUACCCUUUUCUUCUGUUUUUCUAGCUCUUUACACUGAUUGAAGUAGCGGGUAUUAGAUGAAAAAAGAUGUCAUAUACAGUAUGCCUGUGCAGCCUUCCUUUAGAGCCAAUCUAAAGAAGUAUGGCUGUACGGUUUUAAAGUGUGCUUAAACCAUGUUUCCAUUUCUUUCUAAGUAAGACUUUGUACGUUCCCUGACCUUGCGAGGCUGAAUCCUAUUCCCUCACUCCACUUAAUACUUUUGAAGCCCCUGGAUCUGUACAUCAAUCCCUACUCUCUUGCCACAACAGCUGCGCAUUUGACUGAAACUUCCACCUGAGUGCACACUAAAUGCAGCAUCUCUAUAAGUAAUGACAGUAGUAAUUAGCUGAGAAGUGUGAACUCUUGUCUCAAGUCUGUUUUCUCUGCUUUAUAUUGCCAAAUAAUUAGGCUAGUCCUCAUUUCCUUAGCCUUUAAUGACCCAUCACUGCUUCCAAGUACAUAAAGUCAGAUGAGAUCUACUCUUUAGUUUCUGUCAGCCCUCUUGCUUUGAAACCCGCACAGCGAUAAAUAAAUGUGGUUCUGAUGCUAAUUAAACUGUCGUGCUUGGCUAAGACUUUAGACGUGUUCUACUUAGUUUUACUUUCAAACAAAUACAACCACGUACCCUGUGCAGUGUCUCAUCAUUAGCUCUUGUUAUGCAGUGAGUUUCUGGCCCUAUAGUUCCUCUUCUUCUUUUAGCUGGGACAAGCAAAGAUGCCUGUGCAGCAUGCAGGACUGAAACUCUGAGGCUUGAACGAAAACAAAUGACAAAUUGAAUCAAUUAAGUAUAAAUGAAUCUCGUAUGAUUGAUUCCUCAUUCGGAUUGAGUUACUGUUCCACUCUAAAGUCUGAGAUUGAAACUGUGCAAAAGCCAGCAUGAGGAGGCCAUGUUUCUCAGCCUGUUACUCUGCGCUCCGCCUUGUCUCCACUCUAGUAACGCAUAGAACUUUUGCAGUGCCCACAUUUGUCCUCAUUAGCGCUAAAAUGUCAGGCUGUAUUUUGCUCUCCUUUCACACCUCUGAAUGUAGCCGUUCAGUGUCAUUGAGGCGUAGUUUGCAGUGUUACUUGUUCAUCCAGCAUUUAAAUGUCACAGUUCUCAUGGCUCUCUACACACUGUUAGUCUGUGCUACUACGUUGGUUUCUCUUGUGAUAAAAUGUCUCUCGCUAUGACCCCAAAAGACCCUUUUUUCCCCUCAUGUUUCUGAUUGCACAUGAAAGCUGUGACCUUUACUUUGUACAGGAUUAGGUCCAUUUGUUAGAAGACUUUUUUCAACCGCUCUCAGGGCCCCAUCUCCUUUGGUCUGUGUCGAUCUGCCUGCCAAAAUUUCUCUCCACGCAGAGCAAAAACUUCGAUAUUGUGUAUUUCUCUGACUUCAAAAUGCCUCCUUAUACUUACUUUAAGCCACAAAUAUCUGACAAGUCUGGAUGUAACAUCUCAUUUCAACAGAUUAUAAACAAGAAACUAAAGCUGCAGCCUGCACUGAAGUGUGCAUGUUUGGGUUGCAGCAGCUACUUUAGUCCACUAGGCACAAAUAUGUGACUAAUGUUAUCAACCUGUUGAGGCUGUGAUUUUUAGCAUAGGGGAGAGUGGGCUAAGUUGAGCCAAAGGGUAAGUUGAGCCACCCCCUGUUGCUUGGAAAUUGUAAAAGAAAUUGAUCAUGUGACCAAAUAUUUAGGAGAUGGGCGUCAAUUCAUGGAGUCUGUGAAGGUUAGAAACACAUGGGUGAAGGGUUAGACAUUUAAUUACAAAAAAAAAAUGUUUCACUCUUGAAAGUGAAUUUAGUCUGUCAUAAGUUUUAUUAGAAUUGUGUUCAGACCAAAAAAUAUCAUUUUAAAUUUGUUUUAUACAUCAAUUGUGGUAUCUAUGAGCUACAACAUGAGGUCAAAAACCUAACAUUAAAGUCCACCAUUUUAGCUUAGAGGACUAAUAAAGUCAUCAUAGUAGUUCUGGGGUAAGUUGAGCCAGCUGCUCAACCGACAAAGUAAAGGAGUCUGAUGAGAGGAUCAGAGUUUCAGUUCAGAUUGUUGAAGUGUGUUACUUAAAGUCAUUCUCAUGUUAAUGUGUUUUUUUUCUACAUAACAGCCUUUAAUCAGUUAUAUGCAAUAAUAAUAAAAGGAAUCAUUGUACCAGUUGAAUAGUGUAUAAUAGAUAAAUAUACACAUGAAUGUGAAGAAGUGACUGUUAUUUAGGGAGAGAGAAGGUGAGGGAGGGCUGGGGUGGAGGGUGGGGGGUCGGUCAGGAAAUGGCUCAACUUACCCCAUUCACAGGGUAAGUUGACCAUGGGAGACCACUUUUUUUUGGCACGUUAUAUUAUCAAGACAGUUAUGUUUACACUAAUUCUGUUAGUUUGCAGGGAUGAACAACAUCUUGAAAUAUAUGCAGAUACACUAGUUAGAGACAAAACUAUGAUUGCCUUGAUGUAGUGAUCUGAAAUAUGAAAAAUGGCUCAUCUUACCCCACUCUUCCCCAUGUCAGAGGUUCUAUUUAUAUAGAGCAAAGUUUACUUAAAAAUAUAUUGGCUGUAACCAGUAGAUGGCACUAUAAUUGACCUAAACUGUAUGCGUAGAUGGAUUCAGGUAACCCAGAUUUGAUUUCAUAUGUUCUGCAAACCUUGUUAAGCUCAAUAGAGAUUUUUCUUGUUCUUUCUUUUUUUACUACUUUACAGAAAAAAGGAAAGCCAACAUCCUGGACAACCUAAACAACACAAAUGGGACAAUUAUUGGUGUCACUUGUUGUAUCGUUCUGAUCCUCCUCAUCGUCUCUGUCAUCGUCCAGAUCAAGCAGCCCCGUAAAAAGUACAUCCUGCGGCGUGAGGACUUUGACCCCACCAUGUUCCAGGAGGUCUUUGAGCCGCCUCAUUAUGAACUGUGUACGUUACGGAGUGCCACAGCAGCAGCAGCCACCUCAGCAGACUUGGUAGAUUUGGCAGAAGACUUUGAGAAUUACCACGCCCUCCGCCGUGCCUCCUCCCGUUGUGUCCACGAUCACCACUGUGGCUCCUCCUCCAACCCCGGCUCUGCCCACAUAUCCCAGUUGUCACUCAGUGGACGAGGGAGCCGGGGAAACUUGAGCGCAAGAGACGCGGCGGCGGCCACCCUCCUCACAGACCUUCCACAGCCGCCCAUGUCGGUGCGGCCCUUGCUGCCGACUACAGGAAACCGCAGGAGCAUCUUGGUCAUGAAGCACAGCUAUUCGCAAGACGCGGCAGACACUGGAUGUGACCUGGACGACGACCUGGACGAAGUUCCAACCACCAGCCACCGGCUUUCACGCCAUGAAAAGGCAGUACAGCGGUCAGUAUCCAUAGAUUUCUGAUGAGGAAAAGUCAACAUCUGUGGGAAUGUUUGAAAUGUGUGGAAUACUUACAUUUUUAUUUCUUUCUGCUUAUUUUAGCUUGGUUCUCACUCUAAUUCUCUCAUUUAUUUUGAGAUUACGAUAAGCUUUUCGCAUUGAUUCUCGUUCUUCCCUCUUCUUUUUUUAAUAUAAACCUUGUCUUUAUUUUCACAAAGGGCUAAACUAUGAUCCUGCAUGCCCAUCUUUUAAAAUGUCUAGUACCCCUCCUUGUAGCUUUCCUGAUAUGGGGAUUUACAGCUCUUAUUUAUUAACUUCACUUUAGUCAAGGAGGUCUUUAAGCAAAUAUGAACCUCAUUUUAUAAGAAAAUAAUUUUGUUAUUAAUCCAGAUUUAACUGCUAACACAAGGGCUUCAAGUGGUGCUUCACAUGGAUUAACUCCCCGCUAAUCACUUAAAAUUAUCAAUUUCUCUGUCUAGCUUUGGUACUGAUAUCAAAUAAUGCUAUAGAUAUCAGUGUUAGAUAUUAGAUAUUUUUGGCAUGAAUGAGAUUUUAUAUGAAAGACGAGGUAUUUUACGGUGUAAUAGCACCAUGACUGCUUGUAGAAUAACAGUACAUGUUUACACAAACACAAUAUAAAGGUAUAUUUUGGCUAAAAGUAGAUAAGAGCUACUUGUGCAUGCACUUUCUAACUGUGCAGGGUGUUCUUCUUGACUGUUGAUUUGAUUAAUUUUCUACAAGUUUGCAUGCAAAGCUCGUGGAAACAAGACAAGUUUAUUGCUGUGAUGUGGUAGCACAUUGUGCAUUCUGACCUCUCUAUGCAAAAGGAGUUUGAUAUUAAAUGAAAGAGCCGUGACAUUUCAGGUUCUGCCUCAUUGGCUCUUUGAGCAAACAUGAAUCAGAGUACAACACCACUAGGGUCUAA